AUGCCCCCAAGGAGACCCCUAUGCUGCCGCCGAAUACGCGACUUGAGGAAGUGUGUAUUUGGAAGGCUUCAGGUAAGGUCAACACAAAUUCACUAAAUUCUUUGUAAAAUGUGCGGCUACCACUAAAUAGUGCACGCAUUUUGAAAAUGUGAGCUGUCUAAUACAACCAUCGGAAGGAUCUUUGUCAUAACAGUGUGUGGAGACGAAGAUUCUGGACAGCCGAGAAACGGAUGUCGAGGGAUGGAACUCGUCGUAAAAGUAAUCGUUUUAAUUCACUUAAAAUAUAAGACAACCUGGAAAGCAGGCUUUCCUAUGGGAAACGCAAACGCGCAGAAUAUUCGUUAGGGAUUGUGCCGGGGAAAGGGGUGGGUGAUUAUCGCAUAUGGCUGUCCAUAUCAUUCAGUCGGGUCACUAGUUAAACUUCGCAGCCAAAAGGAUAGUUACUCAUGACGGAAGUAGGACGGACAGAAAGUCGAUUUGAGCCUAAAUUUCUAAGGAGAAGCCAGUCAAUCGAUGUAUUGAUCUGACGCGAGAAUGCGGAAUCCUGAGCGGUCCUCUCCAAAGCAGUGGAACUGGUCGCUGAUUGGCUAAUAUGACUGCCCAUAUCAGUCAGACGGGCCACAAGUUCAACGUCGUAUCCACCAAGAUAGUUGCUUAUUCAGUAAGUAAAGUUUAUCUGAGCCUGAGUUCCUGAUGAGAACGCAGGCAAUUGAUGUAUUCGUCUGAUGCUCGCAUACGGAAUCCCGCGAGGUCACCUCCAGAGCUAUGGCAUUGACCGCUGAUUGGCUAAUGCUCUGUAUAAAUUCUAAUUAUUUAGUUGCCGUUAUUUCUGACACUGGACUUGUGUACGAUUUCAAAGGGUUAGAAAAAACAAAAAAAACGGUUCCGGCGCCCAAGUGAUAUCCUUCAUCCUUGCCCAUGCAUACACCUGAAACAUGAACAUUCUUGAUUAGCGGACUAACGGGGGAUUUUGUUUUCCUGUUUAAAAAAGCCAAUUAGGCAAAUUCUCAGCGGCCCUGGUUGCCAAUUGCCCUUGCGCUUGUCCAAUGUACUUGCAUCCGCAAUUGCAUGUGAAUUCAUGCACGCAAUUUCGGGUAGCGUGCAUCUGCAAGGCAUCAACGAGUUCUACUGCGUUGUACGUUCUUUCCAUGGUGCAACAUAAGCGUCGCUUGAUUGGUUUUGAGACGUUGUCACCCCUAAAAGGUAAGCAUAUUACAACGGGAUUCUUCGGAGUAGAUUGUUUCGUCAACUCUGGCCGUUAAUGGUUGCUGUACUACUGAAUGAGGCGGGCAGGAUAACCAUGGAUAAUUAAGGCUUCUUUGAUGCGGCAGUUUCUGUAUCCAUGGUCUCCCUGGUGCAAAUAUUCCUUGUUCUUUAAAAAAGCGUAUGUACUAGAUUUAUUUCCCAUUACAUUGGCGCAAAGCUUUUAAAAUGUGAGCAUUGCCCUUCCCACGUAAUCGUGUGAAAGACGGAGCGUCUUAAUGAACCAAUGUCCACUCUAAAGAUGAGGACGCCAAGGAAGGGUAACUUGUUACACUGCUCCAUUUCCAUCGCAAGUCCGGUUUUCCGAUGCAAAUUAUUCAUCACACAAAGUAGGUCGGCGGCGUCUUCCUUGUCAAAAAUCGUGAUUAUAUCAUCCAAGUAUCUCCUGUAUAACGCUGUCCUGUUUAAGUUUGAUGGCAUCCUUUCUUCUAGGUAACCCAUAAAAACGUCGUCAAAGGCUGACUUGGGUGGACUACCCAUUGCGACUCCGCCAGUUUGUCUGUAGAGAUCCCCAUUAAACAGAAAAUGGACAUCUUUGAUGUAAAGUAAUAGCAGAUCGUGUAGCAUUUCGGGGGACAGGCGCGUUCCGGAUAUCUAUGGUUUCAUCCAAUGGUACAUUGGUUAAUAAGGAUUCGACGUCUUAGGAAAUCAUACAUUUGUCAGCAAUGUUCUGGUGCUUAAUUUCUUCAAUGAAAUGUAGACUGUCUUUUAUCAUGUACGUGAAAAACAACUGUUGAAUUGGUUCUAGCUCCUUGACAAGCCAUUUUGCUAGUCUGUGAGUAGUGAAUUAGACAUAGAAAGAAUUGGUCGUAAAGGUGUGUCCUUUUUAUGCUCUUUUGAUAGACGAUAUUGUCUGAGGAUAUGGGUGUCUCUCGGUUUCAGGGAUAGGGCUGUUUUAGUAUCAAUCGAGUUUUUUUCAGCAACAGUUGAACCUUUUUCCAGACGGAGUAUUUCAUUGUCUUAGUUUUAUCUUUCCCAGACGCCUCUAGACAAAAUGUGCUCUGAUUAUUUAGAAUGCACAGCAUUUUCCUCGCAUAGUUCUUCCGGUUAAGAACAACAACUACACGGUGUUUUUCACGCCUUGAAACUAGUAUAUAGUCACGAAGUUUAAAUGAGGAUAGGGUAGCUAUGUCUUCUUUGGUUAAUGGAGUCUGUUGUAUUACAGGAGCUUUGCAGGAGCUUUGUGGACGAGCAAUGUCCACAAAUUUUGCUUUCAACCAGCCGACAUCGUCAGUGGAUCUGUGUACUAAGUCAAAAAAUAGGAAUUCAAGUCUUCAAAAUGAGCCUCAGUUUCAAAUGGGGUUUAUCUCCUGUUCAGAACGCAAAAGCCAAGUCCUAAUGAUAAGGGCUGUGAUUAUAACUCAUUAAUUUUGAUGUCAGACAGAGUAGGGAUAGUUCCAUCUGUAUUCAGAGGGAAAUAAUCGCAUGUUUCAUGAACAUUAACCAACAGAAAAAACUUAUCCUGCCAAGAAUAUGUUUUGUCUCAUCCAAACGAGAUUUGUUAAUGUCGACAGCUUUAACUGAGUCCUCAAUUUUCGAUUGUGCAAGACUGUCCAGAUCUUUCAUGGUAGGAUACACUUUACUCCGACGAAGGAUCUUGUUGAAUUCCACUGGUUACUCCUUGCUGCUUAUGCAAUUCUGAAGAAAUUCAAUCCGUGUGUACUCUUUCGUUAUUUUGCAUCGCAAUUGUAGAAGUCUGUCCGGAAACUUAAUUAUAACCGAGGGGAGGUGAUAUUUGAGAAAUCUGAGGAAUUCUUCCCCGGUAUGAAAUGAUAAAUUCUCAUCAGGCCUAAGCAUUUGUAUGGCCGUACGAUUGUCUAGAAAUUGGUAAUAGUUUGAGAACACAAAUCACAGCUAUUGAUUUACAAAGGCGGGAGGAGAGAUUAUUGAUCCUUCACACGGGCAAAAUGCACAGCUCCGUAGAGCAGAAAGUAGAAAUGGAAAUAUGGAUUCGACCCAUAGGAAGUUUGUUUUCGUUCCGGAGUAGCUAUUUUCGGACCAGGUGGGUUUCAAAUGUGUGUCCUUUGUUUUAAUAAGAGUAAUCUCCUGUCACUGAACAAUUCAGACUAUUGGCCGCUGCAGCGAUACCGUGAAAUCCCAUAUAAUUUAAUAUCCCUGGUCUCAGCCAGCACGACAGUGACCCGUUGUACGGGUUGAGAGCGUUACUCAACGAUCGCCUGCUCCGAAUUCAAACAGUGAGUAACCCGCAACCUGGGCUGGAGUAUCAUUGAUUCCUAACGACUAAUAAGCCAGAAAUUACCAUUUCAGCGUCCAUAAACUUUUCUGGCAACGCUUAUAAUUAAGACUGUUUUAUGUAAAUAAUAGAUGAUUAAGUGUUGGCGUACGGCGUUAAAGGGUUUUAAAAUUUAUUCCAGCGAUUAAGGACGGACAUAGGAAUGUUCCUCGAAUUUAGACUCAUUAAAAAUCGCACAUUGGUGGAAUUGUGCAAGAUAAUAUAUGUUCGACAACUUUAUGUGUUUUAAAUAAUUAACAGGUGAUACUUGCGUAAUACCAAUUCAUAUGUAGCCUAUUGGAUAUGAUUUCACACAAGCUUCCUACACACAUUUUCGUUAGGAAUGCGGCCAAGUUCGUAGGUACUGGGUUCGUAUUUGACAAUUAAUACACGAACAAUUAUAGUUCUACUAACAGUAUUUGAGUAGCACGUAUAUUAAUGAGUUCACCUAAUCGCUCCGUAACGGAUAGACAGACUUAGGCAUACAUUUCAGUUGUCUUCCGGCGAUACCAAGCAAGCCGUUUGCAAUCCUCAAAUCAAGAACAUGCUGAGGUAGACUAUUCAGACCAGAAACUGUGCGUGAAUUGUAUUGCUCAGUCUGUGUAACGAGGGAACAGGGCAACGAUCUUAUCCUUUUGUGAAUACUGGGAAGCCAGUUCAGCCGAUAAAUGCGAGCCGAGUCAAGAAGGCACAUUCUGCGCUGAAACAUCAACGUAUGAGGAGAACAUGACCUUUUGCAAGUUGACAUAUGAGAUAGCAAUCGGAAAAUCAGUCAAGCCUUAGGGAAUUUAUCAAGUGGGUUUUUACCUAGAGGCAAAGGGCAACUUGGAGACUCUGGGGACUAAGAGAUUGAGCAUGGUUCAGUUGGCGCAGCAAGACCCUCGACACACUCAAAGCUGACAAAGGACCUAAAAUGCCGGUUCUCUGGAUAUUCACAGGUUUAUACUGGAAAGCAAAGUACACGUUUCUGCUUUUAUAUAAAACACCCAGUGCAAUGUACAUUAGCUGAAAAACUCAUUUAUUCCCCUGAUAUACAUAAGUUACUGAGGUGCAUUGUUUGAAAAAUAUCUUCCCAUUACAUCUGUAAAUGGAAGGCCUUUUGAGUAGGAACUUUCGAAACCUGCUUCUGGAACUCGUGCGGUAGGGGUCGGUUAUGCUGUCCUGGUUCCAAGCGUAAGCGCAAUGUGGGCACUGCAAGUGAAGUAAGUCGAAGGAGAAUGCCGAAAUCGUUAGUGGGGAAAGUAGUCAAAGCUAAGACGGGAAGGGCAACCUAACGUUUCGGUUUAGAGGUAGGGUGAGUUUUGGACUUUGGAUUGGUGUCAGGCUGAGAAUUAAGUUUAGGGCUAGGGUUUGUUUUAAUUUUAAGGGUUUAGGUUAGAGUGAGGGUUCGGAUUGCGGUUAAAGUUUACGUUUAGUGUUAAGGUUGGGGUUAGGGUAGGGCAACAGUUAAGGUAAGGGUUACGAUUUCAGUUAGGGUUAAGGUUAGACUUGGCGUUAGAGCUAGGGUUUGUGGUAAGUUUCGAUUUAUAUUUAGUGUCAAGUUCAAGAUUAGUAUUACGUUUAUAAUUAUGUUACCAACUUGGUUUAGCUUUGAGGUCACGUUAAGUUUCGCCAUAAGGUUUGGGAUAUUACUGUACCGCCUGUCUAUUGCGGUGAUUCUAGGUUUCCUUCAAUCUGGCGGAGGAUAUGUAAUACAUGAGAUGUCCUUGUCCGUUUCAAACUCGGCUACUGUCUUUCACUAACGAUUUCAGCACCCCCACAUUACACCAGGACAGCGUAACCGACCCUUGCCACACGACUUAUACACAGACCCUAAUCGCAAAAGUAUUUGCCCGGUAUUCGUCGAUUGGUAGUCAAGUUUCCAGAAGGAAAUUCGUAAUUUGAAAACUUUCGCCUUGAUUAGAACUAAAAUAAUCCCAACCGGGCUUGGAAAUUCCGAUGGCAACCGGUAAAGAAUCGGCAGAAAACCUAAAGGAUGAUCGUCAGACAACGAUUCGCCUUGAAGCUUGAGAGAAACCUCAAAAUAAGGUUGUUUUAACCGAUUAAACUAUAAAUCUGGUAGGCUAAGUCAAGCGACUGGGAAAUAGUUAACUACUGGAAUAUUUGGCGGGUGGCUGGGAGACAUAGAGUUGAGUGCCAGAACACGGACAUUCGUUAAAGUGCCCCACUUCGAAACAAGCAAAAGUCAUCCGGGAAACUGAAGCCGCCGACAGUUAGUUAGUUUGCGGUGCGACCGUACUUUUAUAAAGUUAACGAAUGCAGGACUUUCUGUUUACAGAAGCGAUCUAUUUAUCCACUUACUUUCUGCAGGAAUUAAAAGCCUCCCUUCUAAUUCCGUCAGUCUUAUAGUUUGUUCGAAAUCAUUUGAUGUGUCAUCAAAUCGCUUGUGCAAAAUUUAAAAAAAAGAAGUUGGAGUCAGAGACGUUGUCAUUGACCUCAACACUGCUUAGACUCCUGGUGGGCGGGUUUGUGACCUCGCGGUCGCCCCUCAUCACCGAUUUACUGGACAGCCCACGGAGAGUAUGAGUCAGGGUGUGGCUCGGAGAUGAACUGAAAUGUUCCAGUCCUCGGCUGUAGGCAGCCACUAGGCGCAGACUACCGUAAUUGUUAACCAGGUGGCGAGUUCUGCACAUCUUUGGGUCAAAUUAGGAGUGCUGGCGUGUAACGACUCGGGGGAGAUGACGAAAAGCAAAUGGCUAAAUGGGAGAGACGGAAUGAGAGAUUCUGAUCGCGUGACGGCAAUGGACAUUUCGGCUUUUCCCUGCAGCUGCAUGGGAAAUCGUGCAGAGAUUAGUGAUCCAUAAUCAAAAAAGCGCUUUCGACGAGCAUUACGGAUGCUGCAAUAACCAUUUGUGACAUAUCGGCGUCAGCAGAUUAACGCGUCGACUCAGCACUUGAUCUAGGAUCGAAAGGGUCAGUGAACCCGUUGAGUCAAAGCCUUUAACUGCCUUAAGCACUUUGUCAAAAACCUGUUAGCCAAGACCCUGCAAUAGGCGGACAUAAUGCGUGAGCCCUGUAGCUUAAGUAACCAGGUAAUUUUUCCCUAGAUGUCCGACGAUUCACAAGGCCAACUUCAAACCCCAUAUGCAUUAGCAUCUGGCGGUCGGUAAGCCAGAAAAGGCUGCGCCCGAGUCCAUAGUCCCUGCCGGUAACAUGCAACAGUGAAUAUUUUUAGACAAAAACACGUUUAAUAUUUCUCUGCAGAGUUUCGACUGCCCUCCGGGAGGCAUUAGACUGACUUACAGACCUGACCGCACUCAGCUAGGUGAACACACAAAGCACAUUUUAUUAUUCCGUCUUCCAGGAAUUAUAGGACUGCUUUACCGAAUGAGACAUAAGGUGGAUAAGACAGUGGAGGGUUUUGCCAAAAAAACCCGAUGUACGCUCAUGCUUAGCAUGCGAUUCGAUGGGAUUUGUCAUUGAGUCUUAUGCAGUCCACUGCUCUACCAUUGAGUUACGGGCCUGUUGUUCUGUGGUUUGCGAUCAAGAAUGCAAAUUACAUAAAACAAAUAAAUAAAAUCGCUUUAUUAAUAUGUAAUAAUAUGUAAAAUUGAAUUUUCAGAUUAAUUAAAGAACGAGUAGCUAAGCAUCACACAGUUUUCAUUCUGUGUUUUUAAAACAGGCAGUCUGGUAUGAAAGACAACCAGCGAACAGUGAAAAAAUGACAGAAAGCGGAAAAACUGUCGCUGUUAGAAGAUAGCUAGUCAAGGAGGUCCUGUGAUGUGCUAGACUCAUGUCCUGGGCCACAAUCGAGAAGCGCAUAGCGACCAGAAAUAUGUAUACAUAUAUCAGUGGGGAUGUCGACAUGCAUAGAGGUAAACUGGUACAGCACUGCGUCGGAAGGAAUUAGUUCUCAUUCUGUCAGUCAUAACGCUGACCUUGGUCCAAAACCUAAAACAUGCACGCACACGCGAACAACGUCUUUGACUCACAGACAGCGGUUAACGGUGGCAUCACAAGUACUUAAAGGUACCGAUUUAUACCAGUGCCUCGUUUCCUGGUAUUGUUUGCAAUUGUGGAUCGGACACAAAUUGACACCUAAAUCUGCGUACACCGACUCACUGGCUUCAUGAGUAUAACCAGCAGCGAGUGGCUACGAAAGUGAAAGAACAACAGGCCCACUUGUAAACUGGCACAGCACUGUUUCGGGCUUGUUCUGGAACAUUCCGCUAAAUCAUAUAUAUAUAUAUAUGUUGGAAGGUAGGCAUCCCAAGAAAUAUAAGUCAAGUCGAGUAUGUGCCUUGGGAAAGGAAGUUUAUUGUGCAAAUUUUCGACGCCGGUGCCCAGGUCAUCGGCAGACACAGACGGAGAGCAAUUGUGCCGACACAAUUAACAUCUAAAAAGUCGAUAAUCGCUUGACGUUCGUGCCAGUAAGCAGCCGCCGUGUAUGUCAGUCCGUUCUGAUUGGCCUUCGCUUCUUCUAUCUCUCCUUGUAAUUUCUGUGCGCAGCAUCCAACUAGAUGUGUUGGUUGAUGCAUGCUUCGUCUGAGUGCAGGGCCUCAAGGAACUCUCGGCGUUUCUUGGAGGGGCACACGGCGACAAUGCGAGUUUUCUCCCGAUCGAAAGUGAUCCCCGUUUUCAGGGUGUGCGUGGUUACUUGAGACUGGUGGUCUCGCCUCUUCACUGCCAACUGGUGUUUGUGGAUGCGUGUAGAGGCGCAUUUUCCAGUCUGGCCGCAACAGACGGCAUCACACGCAUCACAAGGGAUCUUGUAAACGACUUCUUUUCUGUCCAGAUAGUUAACCCUAUCUUUAGGGUGCACGAGCUGAGUGUGCAAAUUAGUCGUCGGUCGGUGCGCCACCUGCAUUCGGUGCUUCCUUAAGUGGCUUUCAACGAGUUUGGACACAUGUUUAAUGUAAGGAAGUGUUCGCAAGGUUUUUGGUUCGGACGUCCGAUUUGGAUUACCUGGCUCCUUUCUCUUCAACUCUUUCUGCCUCAUGCAUCGGCGGACAAAAUCUCUAGGGUAUCCAUUCCGCGAAAACAAUUCACACAAGAAUUGUGGUUUGUCUUGAUAGCCUUCUUCAUCAGAACAAUUCGUUUUUGCUCGAUUAAGCAGACUGGUAACAGCAACCCGUUUGCGAAAGAUUGGCUGAUUGCUCUCGUAAGGUAGAAUGAUCUCCGCAUAAGUGUCUUUACGGUUAACUGAUGUAAGUGGUGUUCCGUCGGUUUUUCGCUGUACGAGAACGUUCAGAAAAGGCAUUUUACUGUCGACUUCCUUUUCGAGUGUGAACGUAAUCCCCGAAAUUGUUGAGUUUAUAUUGUUGUUGAGCGCUUUCAAUUGGUCCUUUUUAACGAAAACAAAUACGUCAUUUACAUAUCGCAAACACAAUUAAGGUUUAAUUAGCGGAAGAGCCGUAGUCUCCAGUUUCUACUUUGUGACUCCGGCGAGAAAACCAGAAAUUGGAAAUCCCACAGGAGCUCCUUUCAGUUGCUGAUAGCACUGUUGGUUGAAUGAGAAGUUGGUUUUCAAGCAUAGGUCUAUGAGUUCCAGCACGUCAGUUGCGAGAACGUCUAUAUCACAGGACAUCAAUGGUUCUUCUGUGCAUUGUUUUCCUACAUCUAGACGCAUCGGUGUGAAGAGGGACAACCAUCGAAGGAAACUAUUAUUUCAUCAGAAGAGAUUGUGAUUUCUUUCAAUUUCUCUAGGAACUCUGUUGAGUUCUCAAUUUAAGUUUCGCAAUUCCUCGUAAGCGGAUGAAGUUUGUGGAAUAACCACUUGGAAACUUUGUAAUUUGUUGCCCCGAUUAAUGAUACUAUCGGUUGUAGUGGGACAUCCGUCUUGUGAACUUUAGGCAAUCCAUAUAUCUUCCCCAUUUUUGUUUCAUUUUGUCUCGGGGAUUUCGCUUUAUCUCCUGACAGUUGUUUUUUCCCUGUACGACGCUUCAGCACUUUAUCAAUAGAUGAAAGCUGGCGAACUGGCUCUUCAUCAAUCCAACCCCCCCAGACUCUGUUGUCUACCAUUUUAAGCCUAUCCUGGUAUCGAGACUGGGUGGGUUAGGUAGGAGAGAGUGUGAUAGGUGCAGUGCAAGUAAUUGUACCUGCGCCUACUGCGUUCUGUAGCACAGGGCGGACAUCGUCGUUCACGAAGGUUUAACUGUCAUAUCAGGCAACAUCUGGAGACAGAAUUUCUGAGCAAACAAAAGUGAUAAUUUAUUAAACAACUUUUGGUUCCUUAAUUUUAAUCUGUUUUAAUCAGGAAAUAUUGGAGGUGGGAGAAGGCACUAUCAUGCAAAAAUUCCCUGAAUAAUGGGGCAUCACCGUUUGCGAUAGUCGGACUGUCAUAUCAGUCGCCAAACGGGGACACAAUUGCUGAGCAAAUAAUAACUUCCUAGAGAACUUUUAUUUCCCUAGUUUUAAUCUGCUUUGGUCAAGAUUAAUUAAAGAGAGGAAUCACCUUCCUGAAAAUAAGCGGCCCAGUGCCAAUUGCUGCCUCAGUCUGUUAAUUAAGACUAUAGAAUGACAAUAAUUUCCCAAUUAAAAUCCAGGGUGCUCAUAUGUCGUCUUCUGACUUGCCACAGUUGAAUUAAUUAAGACGUACCCGUUUACUAUAUUAUUAAAGAAGCAUUUGGUCCAUUUUUAGAAGCCUGAAAAGGCUUACAUAGACUCUGAGCUUGUGAUGGAACUUGUCGGACUGCAAACAUAAGAACGUUUUCAAGAGAUAAAGCCGCCUAGAGUGAUAAGACUUGUGGAGUAUCUGUGUCAUUUUGCCUGACUUAUUGUGGAUGUGUUGGCAACUUGGACUGACGCAUCACGGGCUGAUUACAAACAAUAACCAUUUUUAUGUCGCUGUCUUUGGUACUAACACUUUCCAGUGGUCUAGGCUAAAGACAAUGGAGAAUAUACUGCAGGUGGCUAAUUUUCUAAGUCCGACUUUGUUUGGGGGACUUCCAGCUUCCAACAAAUGAAGAUUAAGCAGUAUUUUUACAAGCUGGCUAUUGGACGAUUGUCGGUGCCAUUUGACUGGGUCCAGAACGUCCGUCACGACUCCACGGGUGAAGGGUCAGAACCGCUGAGUAAUGUUGUUCACUGGAACGCGUAGGUGAUGGCCUACGAGAAAAAAUUUCGGCAGAGCAUUACUAAUUCACAGCAAUUUUUGGAAAUGCCCGCAUAAGCAAAUGCCGACCAAGGGACGCUGAAUGUGAAAAUGAAGGCAAACAUUAAAUAAAGUAAACUGGUUUUGGUAAGUUUAGCGAGGGAGGAUUGUAGUUAAGUACUGGCCGAAAAAGCAGAAGACGGACAAACUUUGAGAGACGGGAUUAGCGACAUUUCAGGCGGGGAGGUGGUUAGAACAUCUCCUAGGAAAUGGAUCUAGUUAACAUUGAAGAAGCGGACGGAGCAUGGGGUGGUUGUUCCUGACUGAUUUUUCCAUAGUUUUCCGGUCAUAUCGGAAUGACAGUUAGGAAGGAUUUGGAACUCAUCUUUUCGCCAAGUUACUAAGUUUAGUAGUCCGCAGCGGCCUGGAGUAUAGGUAGUGCCAGUGGACGUUCCAUUCUGUCCAUAUUCUCCAAUACUUCUCAGCUAGGCUUAUUCGCCGAUUUGAGGUCUCCUGUGGGGUUACACACCUACCAUUCCAGGACAAAUUAAACGCUAUUACCUCUCGCAAGCAGUUUAUUUGGGCCAACUCCCCUCUAAUGAGGCAUCAGUUGAAAUGACUGCGGAAAAGACUGUGUCUACUACCAGAGAAACAAUUCAACUAUUUGUAUUGAACGACUGAUAAUCUUGGCCCAUCAAAGUUGAAGGAAACUUAUAUGGUGUUGCAUGCGCACUCGGUAAAGUGGGUGGAGAGGGGAGAGAGUGCGUUUUCAUUUUGAAUUAGACCACAAUUUUCACUAAUGAUUUACUUGGAGCUGAGAAGAAUAAAUGAGAGAUUGAUGUCUCGCUAUUGCCACGCUGAACAGUUAUCAGUAGUGUCUAACUUGCGUCUAGAACAUGGGCAUGCAGCCCGCAAGCUAGGUCAUUGAGUAAGGAAUUCACUUACAAGGUCAGUUUUCUGUCUUGAAGCAGAGGAGUAUUACUAAAUGAAUAUGGGGAUAAGUGGUAGCCCCACUUUUAGUGUCUGCGAUGGGUUGGUUACGCUACGAUAUGACUUCUCGCAAGCAGUUUACCUUGGCUAACUAUACUCUCAUGAGGCUUCAGUUCAAGUAACUAUACAAGAUAUUCUGCCUCUGACCAGAGAAACAACUCAAUUAUUCAUACUGAACGACUGGUCACUUGGACUACUGAAAGUUGAAGGCAACUUAUAAGGUGCAAGAUAUACGCUCGGUAAAGACGAGUACCUAAGUGAUAUAAAUUUCAUUCACUGAUUUUCCGUGCCGCUAUACAUCAAAGCAUAUUGCAUUGAAAACAUAGUCAAAAUAACGGUCCUUGUACUUAUUUGGUGGCAAAUCACAUCCAAAUGUACCUUGUCUUUUUCGGUAUUCGUGCCUACAAAUAGUUUAUUGACUGAUAUAUACGUGAUCACAUAUAUAUAUGGGUGGCUCAACAUUUGCUCUUUCUACUAAUGAUUUUGUCAUAUUAGUAACUGAAGCUUAACUGUUGUGUUUGCACUAUAUGCUAACAGAUCCGAGAGGCUUUUUGCCAAACAUAUGUACAUUUAUGGUGGUGUUGGAAGAUAUAAAUCCCUAGGAAUACCAUUAUUUAACCUCUAAUUAUGAAUGCGCUAUGCAUAUGGCACCUUUCCUAUCGUUAAAAUGAAUCAAGUGGAAACGCUGCACGACGUUAUCAACUCAGCACUACAACAGAUCAUUCUCAAUCUCAAAAAAAUUGACAACAAACUCCCAUUUCUUGAUCUGCUCGUAGUGCGAAACACUGACGGGAUACUUCACACACCAGUGUACCGCAAAGAAGCUUGUGCGGAAAGUAUCCUACAUUACGGGAGCAACCUCCCUGCCAGUUGAAAUAAGAAUGUCAUAAACAAACUGAUUUAUCGAGCAAAGACAAUGCGCUGGGAACGAAGGUCAUGAAGAAGAAGGCUGGGUGGCACCGGAACAUGCUGUUUAGUGUUCUGAGCUUUUAAAGUCGUGCAAGCUUCCAUCUUUAGGAUAGUUGCAACAACAGAACUAGCAACACUUAUAGGACUUACUAGCCAAUCAUCAGUCGAUGGCGAAAGACUGGAGGCGACUGCACAGGGCUCUGUACACCGGCGCCAGAUUGAUAACUCGAUUGACUGGGUCCUCAUCCGAGGCCCAGGGUUUAAUCAAUUUUCAUCCUGUCUUGUGUCUGAUGUAUGCGAUUACCUUGGUGGCUGCGAAGUUUAACUCAUGAUCCAUUCGUAGGCGUCGGUGACCACUUGCGAUAACUCGUUACCUCUUCGCAUAGCCAUUUUAUAUUCGUGCAUGCGCGGUCCGAGCAUGCGUCCAGUCUGGAUUGUCUAAUCUGUUUUCGAGAAAUGGCUACCAUUGAGAUUUUGCACGCCAAUACAUGCGACAAGGUGUUCUAACAAACGCUGGCGGGCAAUAGGUAUUAUUAGAAAUGUGUCUGAAAUCGUUAAAAGACACCUGAGGAAGAAUAAAAUAUAAGUGGUGCAGAAACCGACGAGACACCACGCAACAAGGCUGCAUGUCCUAAUGAUAGAGUUGAAUACUUGGAUAAAAGGUAUCGCCUGAAAGAUUUCAUGUAAAGCUAGAAAAUAAGCCUCCAGACGUAUAAAAGAACACCACUUGAGGGUAAGUAGGCGAGACAACUUAUCCCAGGUCCACAUGCACACGACUGAGAAUGGUUAUAAAUUUGUUUGGUACAAAACGCGCAUUGUCGGUUUCUGUCCAUAUAAAAAGCGAUGAAUAUCUGCAGGUCAUACACUCAGAUAAUUCCGGAUUCAAUGACACAUUGAUUUAGACGCCUUGUGCACAAAUCUUAAGAAAGAAUGGAAAAGGCGACAGCCAAUCAAAAUAUGUCUUAUCCCACAGCAUCGAUCCAUUUCAAGAAAUGAUAAGGUAAUAUCGAUUUUUCCGGGAGUGUUUAAAGUCAAAUUGUUUCCCGCACCUACUCCACGUCUGAUGACGACCUGGGGAACCAGAGUUAAAAGGUUACAAAAUAAAGCUAAUUAAUUUUCUUAAAGGAGUGAAGUCCAUCAAAUUUCUGAUGACUUAUUUAUAACAAAACACUCCUGGAAUCCAUGAACAUUUGGCUUCAAAUUUCACAAUAGCCUUGCAGCCAGUGUACAUAUGUAGCACAGCCAUUAUCAGAAAAGUUAAAUACUAACUCACCUUUAGCAAACGUAAUCUGAAAUCAUCCAAAGUAUGGAUUAAAUUGUUCGCAUUUUUACUUGAAUUACAAUAUGACUGGUUGGAUUCCUGUAGAUAUCUCCCCAUAACUUCGAUAGGGUGACUCGGUAUAUUUUUUCGGCGCUCAAAAACCUAUCGGUGACGCACGUCACAAAAUCAUCCAUUUAAAUCCCUUUAAGGGCCGAGUAGUGGCCCUGAUGCUAGCUUGAUAUCGAAAAAGCGCAUCGAUGUGUGAACGCAGACCGAGCAGUUAGCAGGGACGUGCGCGUGCGAAGCCAAAACCUGACUGCCAUUAACAUCGGCCACCUGCGUCGACGAGGACAGGUCAGAAUUCGUGGGUGGCGCAUUUCUGCUGGAGGCAAACCUAAACGCUAGUGCCAAGAUUGUCCGGAAAUUUGCUGACAGACCGUAUGCUUCAGCUAACUGUCACUGUAUGCCCAGAAGUGUCUUUCCUUGCUGUUCAUUUUUUGGCGUCUUGAAACGCUCGCCCUGCAGGUUUAUUGAGCUGUAAUCACAGAAUAUAGUUUGUUUAAAAAAAAAUCAAAUUAGGACAUAUUUUGUUGAUUUCGCCUAAAACGUAUUCGUAUUGAGCGCGUUAACAUGUGCGCAGGAUUUAUGCGCUAACGGAAAUAAACGUAAAUCUGCGCGGCCAUUUCCUUUGAUAAAUGUCUUUUACUUAGACUGCAGCAGAAUCCUAGGUUCUGUCUGGUUAACAAAACAUUUUCUGGGUAAACAGUUUCCGAUAGACAUAGCAGCUGGUUAUUUAGUGCCAGAUUUCAUGUUUUUACAAAGAACCAAAAACAGGACUCUUCCAAUAUGACCUUUUUGUCGAAUAAUAAGUUUCCACCAUGACAUAAAAAGCACCAUGGAGGUGAUCAAACGCAAAAAUCUUAAAUGCGUCUUUUUUUUCUAGCAAAAAUUAUCUGACACGUAGUUUUUAUGGACGAGAGAGCACUGAACGACAGAAGCGAGGGAUCAUCUGUCGACUUGUCUGACUAAUCACACGCUGAGAGAAAUCACAAAAAACUCCCGAGGUGGAAAUAUCGGCUGCAAUGGCGAUAUCAAAAACGAGGAUUCAUUGGCAGAAGGCAGUUUAAACAAUCGCUACUCCGAGUUUUACUAAUGAACGCAGCAGAUAUUUUUAUGACUAAGGUGGCUGUUGAAAGUCGGACAUUUACGCCCACAUUUAUGUUGAAACGCAAUCUUUAUCGAUGUCUGUGAGGCGUUAAUUAACAGGACAGAGAGAGAUUGAGAUGGUCGAUUAUGCGGUGCGACCCCUCAUCAGUCAAUCAGACUCUAAUCCGAAAUGUGAAUGACGGGACUUCGACCCCAGUGUCAUUAGCCAUUGACGAUCAAGUGGAACGCUAUGCUGCAGAAUGAUGGGUUUGAUAAUUGUGAUCGGAAAUAUUCAAGCCACGUUAGAGAUAAAAUUAAUAAUUUGUUUCGGUUAUAAGCGUUAACUGAUAUUUCCGUUUUUCCGUGUCUUAAAACGCAAUCUCAUCGUCAGAUGCAAUUGAUUAUUCGGAGAUGUAAGUGUCAGUAAUGCGCCAGUGCCUUUCCCGCCUGAUCCGAAUGUUCCUGAUCGUGGUGCAGAGGAGGUUGGCCCUCGAAUGAGCUGAUUUAGCAUUUGACUGACACGCCUGAUGACAGGUCGACCGAGCGUCGAUGUCCCAUUUGCCCGUUUUCAGUUGAACAGUGUCCAGCUGGUGACAGUAGGUGGGUCAUAAAUGGACAGUUAGAGCUCCGUUGCCCGAAAUAAACGCUGAUAUGCAUCCUAUAGUCAGGAUGGAUAAGCAAACUCUUUACCCGUUUGGCUUACCUGCUGUUUAUAAUCUGGAAUUUUAUACUGUUGAAAUGGGUUUUUUGAAGAAUCCCGGAAGUUUAUAACUGGUUCGUUUACUUUUGGACUUUAAAAUCUAUCGGUUUUUGUGUUGUGAAAUGCGGAUGAGCAUCAGAAAUAGGAGGUCCUGGAAUGUUAGUUUAAUGAAGCCUUGUCGUGCAAACUAGCACAGAGUUAUGGUUUUCCAGUGUGAAAAUUAAUCAAAGCCACGUGGUUGUGUCCAGCUGGUCUAAUUUUAAUUAACGGUUGCAUUUCUUUGAACAUAUUACUUUUAGGGGUAUUAGUAAAACCGACAGGAUUGGUGGGAGGACUCAUUUUGGCUAUAUUACUGUCUUCAGGGAAAGCACUUAACCCUGAGUUACAGGUUCGCGCCACUACGGCUCACACUGGGGGGGGGGGGAAGGGUUGUCAUACGAGGUUAGUGAAAUGAGAAUUCAUCGCUUGCCAUUAAGUUAAAUGCUCACAAACUUCGCAGACGCUCGUGAGCGCUUGGAAUACACAAUUGAUAAACAGAAAUAUACUCACGUAUGUUCCGUAGUUUGUAUUACUUAAUCAACGCAGUUGAAAUUUGGCAGAGUCCUUUUGCAUAGAUGUUUUGGCAGAUAUUUGAAUAAUUUAUAUUGACCCAACUGUGAAGAACUCGGCGCCUCAGUGGUAUUCGAACCCGCGCAGUAAGGGAAUGUCUUCAGUUCAGCCAACGUUCUAACCACUUGAGCUACGAGGCCCCCCGCUGGACGACGCGAGUUUACACACAUUUGGAUCAAGUUACCCGCCCAACCUACUGCAACGUCUGGAUUAAACUUUCAUCGUCCGGCGGGGCCUCGUAGCUCAAGCGGUUAGAUCGUUGGCUGUAUUAAGGCCUUCCCCUUACCGCGCGUUUUCGAAUCCCACCGAUGCGCCGAAUUUUUCACAGUUGGGUCAGUAUGAAUUAUUCAAAAUCUGCCAAAAUAUCUAUGAAAGCGUUUACUUGACUGAGGAAAAGAAAAGAGAAAAUGCUUGACAAAACUUCCAGAAGUUUGCAUUUAUAACUAGGGAGAUUGAGAGCCGAUUUGAAAUUCUUCAAUCACUGCAUAGAGUAUACCAGAGAAAACGUUUGCAGAAGAGUCGUCUGUUAGAUAGCCAGACUUAUGAGCGAAUAACUCGCGGCAUCUAUUUUGAACAGAAAUUGAUAUCACCUUCAAGGAGGGUUUCUAAAACACUUGCUCUUCUAGCCAAAAGCCUGCCAAAUUUUGACAAAUGCCAACAGCGCAACAUAAGUUAAUCAGAUGGUAAAAAGGGCAGCAUUGAAGCCUUUCUGAUUUGCCACAGUUCUCUGUGGGUGGCCAGAAGAGUAGGUAGACCGAAAAGUACUUGAGACAGCAUCAAGUCUGCACAUCAAAAAACCAUCAUGGUGGGCGAAUUCCCCGUGGGAAAUUUUAAGAUUAGCAAACCGACCUCGCUCUCUUGAAGGGCGGAUUUGCUGACUGCAGUUUUCGAGUUUUAGAAUAGACUGCGAGGGAAAGAAAAAAGCCCGCCGCUGGAGAGCAAAAGGAUUUAAAAGUUUAGACUUUGUUUUUUGCCUUUAUAGCGAUAGAAAAGCAAAAAUAGGCGGAAAGUGGCAGAAAGUGGCAACAAAUUUACAGUUCCACGCCAAUGAAAUCGCUUUAUUCUUACGAAAUGUUAGCCUAAAUUCUGAAAUGCGUUUUUUGUUAGUGGGGAUUAUAUUACUGGGGUUAUGAUAUUGGUAAUCUUUUUUGCAUAAUCCCAUAGUACUCCAGACACACAAAGGUGUUGCCUAUGAAAUGUACUGCUUUUUAACAGUCUGCAACACUUGCAAAGGGCAAAAACUGAUGCGGGUUACAGGAUAUCAUAUUAGCGGCACAGGUACUAUCCUAAAGCUCAGACGUAAUUUUCUACCAAAUGGGUAAAUGAUUAAAUAUUUGGUAAGAUGUGGUUUGGUAGCCCACCUGAUGGACAAAAUACUGCUGGGGUUGGGGCUAAGGGUUAGGGGUUAUGGCUUGGGUUAGGGUUAUUGGCUAGGAUAAUAAGUUAGGUUUUAGGAUCAGGGGUUAGCGCAACUAAUACUCAAACAUUCAAAGCACAACCGUGCAUUUUCGAUAGCUAUUCAUUUGCAUACAACUACUUGACCUCGUCGCCUAUGCGUUCCCUGGCCCCACCUGUAAAACCUGCUAUUAUCACUGGUCCCCAAUUAGAGGUGAUUAGGGUUUGUUUAUUUCAGGUGGGGUUACAUAAACACAUACGGCCGGGUAUUUUGUUUAUGUUUUCUAAGAAUUACACUUGGAUUUAUUAGGGCAUCGAAAAUCAGCGGGGAAAUUCAGGCUAGUUAUGUAGUCAUUUUUUAACAGAGUGUUCGUUAAAAAAGUCUGGCAUCCUGAAGUAACUGAAUUAUCUUGGAAUUAUGCUGCACGGUGACUAAUAUUUCAACCUUCUUUAAGUAGUCUUAUCGGGUCGAAAACGCAUUUCGAAAUUUCGUUUACUACAUAUUUCACGAGUUAGCACAUCUUCUGCAUGUCGAAAAAUGUCCGACACAUUUAUUACCCCCAGGACUGUUUGUGAAGUAUAUAUGUUGUUAAAGCAGUUGACAGAGUUAGUAGACGGGGAUGGGGCGUUUUGAUCGCGGCACGGGCAAUUACAGUUCAUUCUCUUUAAGCAUAGGCCGACAGCCCUAAUGAGCGGCGGCCCAGCCGAACAGGCAAAACAAUUAUGACCGACACACUUUCUCUCGGCCGGUGUGGCUGAUCUUUCAUUCCUUUGUUUGGAGACACAGGUGAGAAUGGCUUUUAAGCCGUGCUCUGCGCGAACUUCAAAAGAGACCCAUUACUCUAAUGGAUGGCUUGUUAAAAAUCCUGCACUUUAUAGGUGGGAUUUCUGGUGGCGUUAAUUUUAGUCUGCAAACUUUUAGCGUUUAUGCUGUCGCUAAUCAGAUAGAGUGAUUUUACUGGACACAGCAAAGCUGAUUGUCGUAAACAUUUUGAACUAUGAGUUGACUACUGCAGGGUUGUGAGUUUUUUUUAGGUCGCCUUCAGUUCGCCAUCUCGACAAAUCAAGUGAUUACAUUGAUUUUUUUUGUGUUUGAAGUGAACUGCAAGAUAUUAAUUCGCAGUCUAAUGCGAAUACUUUACAUAUUUUGUGCGUUUUAAAACUGCACUUGUAUCCCGAUUAGGCGGGCGGCAUCCUGACGAUUUUCUGUCCUCUACAAAAGUCGGAACGUCCAGUACAACUUAAUAGCCUUCUGGGUGGAGUGAGGCAGAGGUGAAAUAAUAGGGACUGCGAGCAUAUUGGGGAAGCCAGGCAAAGAUCUUGGAUCCGCCCACGCAGCUCAAACUGGUGCCCAAUGGCACAAUCCAGACUCUCAGCUUGCGGUUCCCGAUAAAGAAACUGGCCUUCAUGGAGUAAUUAUGGUAACAAUCGGGAGAUGGCACCCAAAAAAUCCGCCUAAUCAAAGCAGCCCGUCUUACGAAACAGGUGGUAAUAGGGGUUUUAUGGGUGGUGGCUGGUCGGGAUGUACGAUACUUGCCAACGGAAAGCCUUAUUUGAACAGAUGAAUGAUCGAAGUUGGUUCCGUUAUUACAAGAUGGGUCGCCAAAGGCAGUAUAGUUGUAACGGACGAGUGGAAGGCGUAUAAUCGUCCUUCCUCAGAAGGUUAUCUACACUUGCCUGUUAACCACUCAAAAACGUCAAGGACCCUACCACCGGACGGCACACCAAUAUCAUUGAGGCAUACUGGAGUAGACUGAAAAGGAAACUCCACGAGUGAGGACCUGUAUGUGGUCGAGAUCUGUGGGCUCGCAUAGACAAAGUACAGUAUCGUCUUUGAUUUGGGCUCCAUGCCAAGUCUUUGACAGAUGCCUGGGAACUGUUCCUGUCCCAUGUUGUGCAGACUCAUCCUAUUUAAAAGUGAUUUUGUUUUGUAAUAAACUGCCAUAAUGCGAAUGUAUGCCGUAUAUUCAGGUGUACGUGUGUAACGAUGGGGAAGGUAGGGUAACAGCGACCAUCGUCCAUGUAACCUCCUGCGAUGUUCGUUCGGCCAGCCCAUGCUAGACCGUCGGGGAAAGUCGAAGUAUUGCGUGAAAGUAGGACCGCAACUGCUGAUAUAGCCUAAAGGCGUUUGAGUCCACUGGUAAAGGUAUUAUUUAUAGGUAACGGAAUUUUGUGGGUGCCAUCUCCCGAUUGUUACCGUAAUUAUUUUAGACAGAGGCGACUCGGGACAGAGCAGCUAACAUCGGUCGCAUUGAUGUCGGGUGCAGACCCCACCAGUGUGCAUAUGGAACGUCCUCAGUCUUAUCAGGCUCUGCGUUAUUGCCCAUGGAAAGAUGAGGACGAAGCUGUUCGGGCCGAAGUCAUGAAAACCGGCAAGAUCCCACCCGAAAACGAGAGUUAAAAGAAGUGACCAGACGGAAGAAACUGUUCGGAUGAUCGGCUACUCUCACUCUUGGCGACGACUAAUUGCAUACCAUAGGCUCACCAUGUAAGCAGUUGUCAGUUUUCGAAACGUUCGUCAGGGAGUGGGGACUGCGAGAAGAAAUCGAACCAACUCGCUGAAGCCUAGCGAAAUUGACACGUCUUUUUCAUUCCUGCUUUCAUUUUAUGCAUGUACCACUUUGAGGACGGCGAGUUUUCCAAGAUUUUCGAUAUGUUAACAUUAAAAAAAACUAUAUGCGACAAAUCAUAAGAUCUGUGUAAGUUUUGUCGAAAGAUUAUUGUUUGUAAAUUAUCGGAUAGAACGAAGUAAACACGUAAUUUCCCAGUCUGCUCAAGAUAGUAAUCAUUGGCCAAGUGUCAGACAGUAAGCCCCCUGACACUCAAACCAACCUCCGCUAAAUUUGAAUUUUGCCAGGCUUGUUUGUGCUACUGCAUGCUGUGUGGCCGAGAGUCAAGCGUCUUCCGAGGAGAUAGUACUGGUUCUCCAAUGAUGCACUUAAAGCAUUAGUUUUCUUUGGAGCUUGUUGGUAGGUGUUCGCGUAAACGCGUCGGAAACUAUAAUGAUACUCGAAGGGAAACCAGUGCUUUUGCUGUCUACAAUAGAAAUAAAAAAAUGACGAUAAAAUUGUCCGAGAUUUUAGUUACUGAGUCUGUAAAGGGUUUGGUGAAGAGUCCUCCCUCACCGGCUCAUUUUACGUCCUCUCCCCCAUGUAUUUCUCUAGAGUCACAUUAGCACUAACAGACCAGACAGGUUUUGAUUCGUUCGCUGCGUUCUCUGGUCGCGUCUGGGGAUUAAAACAUUACGACAAAAAGCAGAUUCCUCACCACAAUGUAUCUGGCGCGCUCGAAUCUGGCAUGAUGCGCCAAAAAGAGUGAAAACUUGAUCCUCAUGGUGUGUAUUUGUCUGUCCCCGAACCGGGCCACGCGACCAAUACACUGGGUCGACGCACGUGUUAGCUCGGAGGCUCGCAGGCGCUAAGGGGAAUUUGAACCCAUAACAAAUGCUAGCAUUUGGGGCGUGGCAGCAAGACCGUGUGCAGGAUCAAUCCACGCCAGUUAGGACAUGUGCCACAUCCCGUAUUUUACUUCUGGUCUGUAGGCAGUGGACCAGAAGGUGUGGUGGCACGCCUCGAUGCGGGAUCUCGUCGCGCCGCCCGUCCGCCUGCAUUCUCUACCGCCGUCGGUUUUCUCAACUCUGUCUUGGCACCGCAACCAGCUGGGGGAGAAUUAGAGAGUGCAACAGAUGCACUGCUAGUAUACUGUAAUCCAACUCACGCGUAAGUUAUAGUCCCUGCUUUUACCCUCCUGUGGAGCACACGGCUGACUUCGUUGGUCACGACGAUCGAGGAGUGACUGACCUGUUUGCAGGGAUUCAAGUUCAAUGACUUUUAACUAAUGUGACUUCCCCCCGGUACACUCACGGCCGUGGUAUGUAUGUCCUCCUUUCAAUGAAAACCUGUUACAGUGUGUGGGGUAGGCCCAGACGGGUCGUUUAGUUUUAUCAGCCACCUCUGGCGGUCUUGACGUCGUCUUGCCAUCGCAGUCAGACGGGUUCGGGAGGGUAGAGUGCUGUAAACGUUGCUGAAGUCAUCGCUGCUACAACCAACCCGUGAAUCACACAGUGGACGUCAGCACUGGCGACAGUCGAGCCGCUGUGUCAUAUUUACACCUCACUCAUCAGCCUGGUCGGUCACUUGCAAAUCCAUCUCACAGAGACUGGCGAGCCAGCGCCAGAAGCACAGACCUACACCCGCCGGAUCAGUCUCCAUUGCCCACACUGCCUACGCAAAUGCGUGCACCGCAUGGGUCUAUUCGGCUACAUGCGCAUCCGCAAAAAACUGCGAUAGACAAUCGCCUGAAGCACAACAUCAUCACAUUCUCCCUCAUCAACAUCUCCUCGCACAUCAGCAUCAUCCACCACAAGCACGCAGUUGUUAUCUCCUGCGCCUAUUGGAAAGUGUGUACCUCAACUCGGUCUCCAUGCGACUCCUCUUGCAUGAGUGAGUCGAGCCUGAGACUGUCACGGCGCGCCAAGCGUCAUGGCUGGAAGGCUGUUGACUGACGCCCCAACUCAGUCCACGCAAUCCGUAGAGUUUCGUGUGGGUUUUUGUGGAGUGGCGGACUGGUGAGCUGAGAGCCGGGCUGAAACAUCUCCUUCCAAACUUGACCACGGCACCCUCACGCAUGUGAGAUAUACGCAGCCCAAUCCCCGUUAUGUGGAAUUCUGGUACUUGUGCUUCUUGGGAGGGGCUGAUCGUGUAUAUGGCGCGGGCAGACGAGGUCACUAGACGACGUCAACUAUCGCGCCCAUUCUCCGCUCCAGUCAGCUGACCGGCUCAGACAGUGGCUGAGGCAUGGGAAUAGGAAGGGAGAGUGAGGUCGACGACUCAGCGCAUUUUCCUCACUAUAAACAAUCUGACGCGCUUGAAGCGAUCAAGGUGCGCCAAAAGCCGUGGCGUGGAAGGUUGCCAGCUGACGGGAUAAGUUGGACCUCGCAGUUGGCCCAGUGUUAUGUGUGCUGCAGUUGUUGAGUGGCUGGCUGGUGGUCUGAGAGUCAGGCUGCAAUGGCUCCUUUUUAAUAUGGCCUUUAUGGCACCCCCACACCGUGGGAUCCGAGCCGGGUGUGGCGGCACGCCUAGGUGCGGCUUUGGUCGUGCCAGCCGCCGUUCUUUUAUCGUUGAUGUUCAAAGACCUUGCUAUCUUUGUGUGGACCAUGGGGUGUGGAGAUGUGCGCCAAGUUGCGGGCUCAAACGUGCCACCCACCCCCGCCCUCCCCCGUCUCCGGUCUUCUUGACUCUGUCUUGACACCGGGUCCAGAUGGGGGAGGAGGUGAGAGUGCGGUAGAUGCUGCGCAAGUCUGCAUUUACUAUAAACUAAUACACGCGCAAGUCACUGUCCCUGCUGCGUCCUGCUGUGGAGCGCUAUCGUCGUAUGCGACGGUCGAACCAUCGUAUUUGUUAAAAACUUGUAUUUUUUUAAUUGCUGAAAAUACGAUGUGCCACGAGGUUCAGAAUGCAACCAGGAAUAACUAAGUAAUCUCCAAUAACAAAAAACCCAGGUGCAACUCAAACAUGCCAGUUAAAUCAAUUACAGCGCAUUACGGGAAUUAGUAUGUGGUCUAAAAACGAUAAUUCUCGACGGAAUGGGAGAAUUCUGAGGUAACUGGUAGGUGGGUAAGGACCUGGGAUUCUGCGAAAGAAAAUUAACCUUCUGGAAUAUUCGCACUAAGGCGAUACCAAAUUUACCGUCAGAAUGACAUCCCAAUUGCAAAGGCUUGUAUAGGUAUUUCGGGGACUCCGACUCAGAACAUGUGCAACACCCUGUGCUCGGCAUGUUUUCAGAGCAAUUGACCGUCGUAGCCUACUUUGCUCCCCAAUCUUCAUGCACAGAAACGUUAUUAGGUGAUAAGCCUAAUUUUCGUUGGGCAUAUAAUGCACUGCAAAACCAGAAAGUGCUGCUAGUUGAGCCAGAGAUUUUGUUAGAAUCUUGUUCUCUUUGUACCGAAAUUUCGUUGCUAUCACCACCACCACCACCACCACCACCACCACCACCACCACCACCACAGAAGUCAUGCCCACCUAAUAACCUCUUCAAAUAUUUCUUCAGAGUGCAAUCCUGAUCGCAAUUGUCUCCAUCGCGGCAGGCAUGCUGAACGUACUCUUCUGGGAGGUAGCACUCGAUACAAUGGCAGUCGAUCCUCUGGAACAGACAUCGCCGGCUGCUGGUUUGCGUCCCAGUCCCCUUCGUCUGAGGUGUCGAGUUGUUGGCGGAUAUCCCAACAUCUUCCGUCUGCAGUUCAUGGCGAAUCCGCCAGACGAGGCAACCGGGCGCAGACGGGACGUCGGUCUGACCUACGCCAUCUACCUCUGGUCCCUCAACCUCACGAUCUUCCUGCCGAUCGCCCUGGCCUCACUGGCGAUGGCUUUUCUGUUGCGCAGGCGCUGGCUCAAACGUGCGGAGGCGGGACUGCAGGGCCAGAUGGCUGAUCCCAUCUACUGCGAGGCGGAGAAAAGGCAUCCGCUUCGGUUGGAUGGUCCCGCAGUUGAAGAGACCGACCAGCUCAAGCUAUCCUGUGCCGUCUGCGUUCUACAUGGUCUUUUUAGUCUGCCCAUCGCCCUGCUCUUUAUGCUUCUACCGGUCUCGGUGCCGGGGGUGAACGAACUACCGGACAAGGAGGUGAGCAGAGCACUUAUAUAUAUAUGCUGAUUGGACGUUGACCUGUUUUUUUUUGGCAGCAUUAAAAAAAGUAGAGUGCCGCUUAAGAAACCGACCGGAAAGUUUCCUCCGGAGGGUCUGCAUGCGGUCGUGUUGGAAUAGGCUGAGGAGUAUUCUGGUUUCUUUUCAGGUUAAUGGUUUCAUGUGAGUUGCCUUUCCAGGAAGGGGACUUGCGCAGCGCAUGUCGCAUCUCUCUCCUCUUCUCACCCAUCUUGCUCCGCUGGCUAGUAAAGACCGUUGAAACGACGGCUGACAAAGUUAAACAACGCAUCUAUGCGUGCCACACACACGACCUGAUCCUUACCACAUGGCCGUGCUGCGAUUGCUGUGGGUUUUAGAUCGUCUGUGGUGACAAUACUAUAAAGUUUGCACAAGUAACCAUUACGAAAGUGCAAUCGUUUGUGACAAAGACGAGUGGUCUCGUCAGUCGCAACCCCCCACGUAAGGACACUCAGACGGCUGUGAUAGGUUUAAGCUUGCCAAGAUUAUUAUAAUGAGGGGUGCAGUAAGUUGCCGCGAAGAUGACUUCUCCAAUGUCCAGCUGAUAUUCUUUCCCCGUUCCAAUGCAUCAGUCGACCGUCCAAGUCUGUUCGACAGUGGAUCAUGGGAUUGGUUGAUGUGGCUAACGUCUAAUGAGGGCCAGCUGCAUGUGCGGCAGCAAGUGAGGGCUUGAUUAAGCUCGGCACAGCCAAGUAAACGGUCGUUGUGAGCCAAAUCGUCCUUUAUUCUAAUCCGGCUCAUCCGCAACGCAACUCUCUGGGGCGACCCUGAAUAAAUACACAUUAGGUGUGCUAACUCAUGAAAUGAUAACCGAAAUUCUGAAAUACGCUUUCGUUUCGAAGAUGCUACUUAAAUAGCGUUGCAACAUUGAUCAUCACGCGGCGUAAUUCUAUUAAAAGUCAGUUACCUCAGGAUGCCAGCUUUUGAACGAACUUCUUGCCGGCCGCAAGCAAAAACCAUACUCUGUAAAAACUGACCACGUAUGUACUACGAAUUUUUCUCGUUGAUUUUCGAUUCUCUUAAAUUUUCAGUUAUUUUUCAUAGUAAACACCCAUUAAAGUAUUCAUUCCUUUACUCUUUUGGUAGCAAAUCACGUCAUCUUCCAAAUUUAUACUCAGAGAAUGAUUUUAAAGAAGAUGCUAAUUAUGAGAUUUUAAAUAACGUAAAAUGACCGUUUGUAAAAAAUCGUGUUUCUUCAUUUGCUAAGGUGGCUUGUAAAGUUUGCAAUAUGACUCAAAUAAACUGCUAUAUUUUAUGGACUUCAUAUGGUGUCCUUGUUAUGCCGUAGAGAAAUGUACGGUUUCCUGUACGCGGAAAAUAUAUGGCUUGUAGUGUGGAAGCCCUGAAUGCAAGUUUAACGGUAGUUAGGAUAAAAUUUAUUUGCGAAUUGGAAAAGUUUUUGAAAAUCAAAUUAUAUCCUUUAUGCGAGUACAAAAAUGAAAGUAGAUUUUUAUACCGAAUGGAUAUUUUUACAUGUGUUUUUUUAUGAAAUAUGACUGAACGUUUAAGGUCAUCGAAAACCAAGGAGAAAAGCACAUGCUACUUAAGUAGUCAUUUAUUUAAAGGUAUGACUUUUGCAUGCAGCCGAAAAUAAGUUCGUUCGAAAGGCGAGGUACCUGACUUAUUACAGAAUUAUGCUGCACGGUGGUCAGUCUUACAACGUUACAUAAAUAAUCUUUCCGAAAAGAAAACGUAUUUCAGAAUUUCGGUUACUAGUAAGUGAGACGUCGGACUUCUAACUGGCAGGUCUUGAGUUCGAGUCCCGGCUGUUCCACACUUCGGGAUUGGGUAUAACUGGCUCGAGAGAAAGCCCUUAAGGCACAACGGAACGAGUGAGUUCCGUAUGAACGAUCGGUGAGCGACCCCUACCAUUAUACAUGUAUAUAUAUUACGUGGUUAUUCCACAGUAGUUGAUUGUCUUCGACUCGAAUCUUCAUUGAAAUGAGCUUUUAGCAGGUAUCUAUGUCAGGAGUACGGUAUAAUUCUUUACCGUAUACAUAUAUUCCAGUUUCCCGUUUCUUUUCCGGAGAUACCAUUCUGCCUAUAUAUAUGCCCAUAUGUACUUAUGCAUAAUAAGAACCUCCGUUGGAAGUAUAAAUAUAUUUUGCUUAUUUGGACCCUUCGUUGGACGUAUGACGUAUGUCCACUAUGUCUCGCAAAACAUUUGCCCUUCACAGACUUCUUGGCUAUGAGAUGAGACGCCAAGUUUUAGCUGACGUAAACACCCCCAUCGGCGAGUGCUAGGGAAAUGGUUUUUCCUUCCAUGCAGACCAACCAAUCGUCAGACUGCUAAAGUAAUUUGUAAACGAGUCGAAAUAAAAACGGUCAUAUUCAACAUAACUUAGACGAACAAUUAACAAGAGCCAUCUAUCGAGCAUCGUCAGAUUGAAAUACUCAUUCGACGAGGCGUUGCAUUAACGUUGACUAUGGUAGCGAACCUACUCCUCUAUGUCCCCUGUAUACAGCAUAUACAAGACAAAUAUAGAUGGCAAUCUGAAAUUUGUGACAACUUUUUCGAUUUUAAAUUAGCCAUGUAGCUGCUCAAAAUCAAUACGCAUUUUUAAUGCUAGAGCUAUCACUCAGUUCUCCUUAUUCGCUAUGUGAUAAAAUGUAGGUGCGAGUUUUUUUUUCAAUAUCGGAAAUUGAUUCUCAUUUUUAGAGAUCCUAUGCAUGGCCCCGUUAAUGGUUGGUGCAUGAAAACAUUGUUUAUAUUCUUCAUACGAGCAUCAGCAGUUUCUACGAUUAUUAGUGUUUUUGUAGUCUCUGUUAUGCUCAUAUAGGCUUUUGCAAAGGCGCUUGCAUCAUCCGUGGUUAGCCAGAAAGAUAUUGUCAAAUUAAAAUCAGAAAGACGCGUCAAGGAGAAUUGCGACUUGCUAAUAGAAGCUGUGGGUAAACCUAUUCGAGUAAAAGUACUUAUAGUUUGCGCAGAUUACACAUUCACAGGGCCAGAAUCGGGAAGUACACUAUCAACACGUUGAUUUAAUUGAAGACUGUCAUAUACAGACUCUCAGAUUUUUUUACGAACCUUAAAACCAGUGUCCUGAAGGAUCUUGGACCUAAUACCAGCCUGCCACCCUUGAUAUUUUUUGUAGACUAUCAUCAUCAGGUUAGUAGUUAUAUGUAUGUUUUUUGGUUGCGGGCCAACAAGAAGCUUUCAAUCUUGAACGUUUAAGAAAUAACAAUUUAAAAUUUGGUUUGCAAAAAAAUUCUGGGACGACAAUCUAAGCUUGCUCCGUUGAGAUUUGGAGUCUUUCCUCCUGUGUGGUAAUUGAUUUACCUGUUACUGACCUGCUUUAUAUAGCGUCUGAAUUUCCCCUCGGCACAGUCAAGUUGUUUUCUUGUUUUGGGGUUAAAUAACAGAUUGAGUUACAGUUGUUUUCCUAAAUACUUGCAUCUUCAGUUGCGCAAAUUCGAUUCUCAGUAAACCGACAGUUCAGAAACCGAAAUCGAAUUAUGCUGUCAAAGCUAGCUUUCUGUCCGCAUGCAAUACGUACCGUUAUUCUUUAAACUUUUAAAGAAAGUUGAAAAAACGACAUUUGAAAUUUUUUAACCCAAUAAACUAAGAAAUUAACUAACUUAACACACAUAAACAUUUCUGAUGUUUAUUUAAGUGCCAGCGCAAACAGAUUCCACCUUAAAUCCAAAGGACCAAACAAGUGCACCCCUGAGUGACCGGUCCAUGUGGAGUUCGCACACCAAAAAUGCCGGUGAAUGUUGUUACCGUAAAUUUUCAUACCAUCAAGGCAAUAUUUCAUGGUUGACGUUAACAAAAUGAGUUACUGCGCUUUUGGUAGGAAUAUGAAGCAUGCAUAAACUGCAAGCGUUUUUCGGCGACACAGUAUCGCAACAACCUAUCGACCGUUGCCACGUACAUGUCAGACAUGCUGGCUGAUCGAAUGUGUUUUUAGGCGUAAAUCUAGGGCAAAAUGCAUUCUACUUCAUAAAUACUGAAUGCUUUAAAAUUCUGUCAGUUCAAGUACUAGCAACAUGGUCUAGUUGUCGAGAAGCGAGAAACACCUAGGAUUAACAUCUGCUGGACAGGUACUUCUGACAGGAAGUGUGGGCCUUCGGAAUGACGCGCUGGAGCGCUGACAGGGGAGUCACCAGCUCCAACUAGAAAAGGAUGUCUUGGGCGCUGAAAAAGGACUUUAUCCGGCCGAAGUUUUGGAUUUGCUCUAAAACAUUCAUACGAUACAGCAACAACUGUGAGUAGUGUUCAGAAAAAAUGGAUUCCUGCGCAAUAUCGUUUACCUGUGCACGUGGAAACGAGACGACCGACAAUAUCGCGCCGAGUUCGAAUUUUGGCGAUCUAUCCCGUAUGUUAACAACGUCUCGGAGGCCGUCAGCCGCCUUCUCGCAAUACGUGGAGGUGAAGCCAUACACAGACUGGAGGCAACCAUUAGGCGCCAUACAAUGAGACCAAAAGACCUUCUGUCACGGCAACAAACAUUUGGAGCCGUUUACCGAACCUGAUGAAGUUGCCGGCAAAGCAGCUACGUUGGAGAAACUGGAAGACUGCUCCGGACAGGAAUGGUUGAACACGCGGCAGCAGUGCGGAUAGCUGAGGUCAAAACUCCGGUCGCGGUUCGAUGAAGUCAACAUUAUCACAGGAGGGAUAGUCAAGUGAGCCGCGAAUUUCUUGACUCAUGGUUCUUAGGACCCUAGUCUAUUAAAAAAUACAAUGAAAUCCCCACCACAUAUUCGACAUUGAUACUUACAAUGGUCAACGUGAUUGACCACUCUGAGAGCGGGAAGACUGGUGGAUCAGAUGGCCGAGCAAUAAUCACGCCAAAAUCCGAUAUGGGUGUUGGAAUGUCAGGUACUUAAAACGCAUGCCGGUCAUCAAGCAAUUAAUGUAUGAUAGGACUGUCUUCUAUGACCUUCUUAACAGGGCAUGAGAACAGGAAUCGCUUGCAAUAAAAAUGGCUUGACCCAACGUUCAGUGAACUUGCGGUUAGAGUUAUUUUGAGGACAACGUUUAGGGCUAUAUUUAAAGUUGACGGUAAGUUAAGUCGGGACCAAGUUUAGGAUUAAAGUAGGGGCUAAGGCUAACUGCAGAGUUAAGUUUUAGGGUUGGGUAAGGAUAGAGGUUAGGACAACGUUUAGUCUCAUAUUAGGGCUAAUGCUGGGGUUGGGACAAUUUUGCCCCUUUCGGAUAUUUGCGCAGGUUCAGCUUUAUUUCUUGGGGGGGUGGUUCGCAUUCCCAAGUCCCGUUUAGGGGCCACAUAAGACAGUCCUACCCAGAGCGCAACUAUCCCUAAUAAAGGGGAAAGCCGUUAACUGCCGUAGUUAUGCAUUGGCGACUGCAGUCUGUAGAUACUGCAACUUCCUUUGCACUUAUUACCCGUGUCUGCAACUGUCUGAAAUGGUGGGUCCAAGCAUAAAACCGAAACGUGGCAGAAAUAAAGUUUUUUAAUCCAGCGAUGGCAUUAACGUCUUUUGUACAAGUAGUGUGUCCGCAGAAGGUGCACUACUGAAGGGUUGCAGUCACUGAGCGCUGACAUCGUCAUAGCCACCUGUUUUUAAUUUCAUGCCCUUUUUGCAGGAAUGGUGUAAAUCCUUUUCCAAAUAUGUUACCGUCGAGGAAGCCAGUAAGUUAAGCAGAAAAUUUCUUAUUCAAACACGAUUGGGAGGAGUACAGCUGGGGCUAACAAAUGCGCUGAGGGGGGUAAACUGUUGGACUUCUAACAUGAGUGGGAUUGUCGAUAGAAGCGAAGAAACUAGUCCCAGGAAUCAGUUGUGAAUAAGGAGACACGAUCGGUGGGACAAGAGCUUUAUUCGCCUGACGUUUCGGAUUCCAGAUAAUAAGUUUGAAAAGGAAUCCGAAACGUCAGGGAAAUAAAGCUCUUGUCACAGCGAUCGUGUCUCCUUAUCCUCCAGCGGGAUCGCUAGAAGGGGUGGAAAAACAGGGCAGAGCAACACCAACCCUGUGGAGAGGGUUUUCUGAGACUUGUAGCCCAAAAACAACCGAAAAAACAGUUUUGAAAGGGAAACAAAGUUCACUAAUGUAAUUGAAUCCUGCGUUGUUCGAAUCCCAUCCGGGAAAAUAUCCAAUCAAUCCGCUAGUGGUCGCUUGUUGAUAUGGAACACGUGUUUUGUCGCCUCCCUGUCAGAAGUGGUCACAACUUUUCCAUGAGAAAUAUUUCAUACAUAGAUCGUCAAAAAUAAAGUUGACCAAAUAAAAAUGUGCAGAAAGCACGCUAAGCGGCUGCGGUUCCGUCAUCGAUAGGAUGCUCACUAAUUAUUAAAACGCCUUGAAAACCUCUGUCUGCUGCAAACUCACAAUGUCUAAACAUAGAUGAUUUGAAGUUGAAGAUAGGCUCUCCGGAAUUGGUUUAUUUAAGUGCUGACGCUUCAAAGAGCUGGGUCGGCUUUUCAUUGUCGAAGCGUAAAAUGCACUUAAUUGAUUAAAAAUUUAAUUUAAAUUGUCAUGUUGUGUUGGCCGGCCUCAUGCUGAUCGAUUUUUUCUCUCCUUCCGCUGCCUCGGCCUCUCGGGAGACGGUUGACGGGUGUUUUGUUUGUGUGCUUUGUGAGUCACCACUCCAUCGAGGGGAGCUGAUUGGACUUUAGUCGGGCGGUUGGUCUGGCGGUUCUUCUUCUUCCUCACCGAGUAAACUCAGCGUCGGGCUAUCUCCGUGCAGCCUUCUUAAGUCCGAUGCGGUUGUUUGGUCCUGAGCUCUAAGAUUGUAAAGACGUAAGGCUUUGUAAGCUGCAGGAAGGUCCAGAUGCCUGUUGAUAGAGAAGGCAUCGGAGAACCACGCCUCGAGAGUUAGCCGUUCUGUUUUUGUGUUGCCUCGGCCUAAGAUGGUAGCCCUCUGGAGGUCAAAAGUAUGCCCCGUUUCUCCAACGUGUGUUGCUAGUUGAGAAUUAGGGUCUAACCUCCGUGUGGCCGAUUUGUGUUCUUGUAGGCCAGUUUGCGAUUUCCGCCCGGUUUCGUCCACAUAGUUGCAGCCGCCCCCAUUGCAAUUUAUUUUGUAGAUGACUGCUGAGGUUUCAGGGGGGGGACAAUGGGUCCUUGGGUUGAAUCAGGCGACGUCGAAUUGUUGCCUGUGGUCGAUGAGCUAUGCCUACUCUGGUGGGUUUUAACAGUCGCGAGACCGCUUCAGAGACCCCUUUAACGUAAGGAAUGACCCUCCAGACUUCGGGUUGCUGCUCAUUCGGCCGUCGUUUGGGCACCCAACAUCUGCUUCUCUCGAUGGAAUGCCUCGGAUAACCAUUGGUUGCAAAUAGUUUCACAAGGCACAAUCGUUCGGCCCCUUUAUCUCCUGGUGUACUGCAGUGUGUUUCGACUCUUUGGAAUAGAGUGCGGACACAACUACGUUUGUGAGACAGUGGAUGGUUGCUGUUGAAGUGUAGGAUCUGUCUCGUGUCAGUGGAUUUUCGGAAUACUAUAGUUUGCAGCUGUCCGGAGUGGUACACCGGCGCACAAGUACGUCAAGGAAGGGCAGUUGGUUGUUUGUUUCUGCUCCCAUCGUAAAUUGGAUAUCCGGAUUAACGGAGUUCAGUAGUUCCUUUAGAUGUUCAAUGCCAGUUGUUUUGACAACGAAGAAGGUGUCAUCGACAUGGCGGGCCCAGAACUUUGGUUGAUACUAGGUGAACACCAGGUGUUCUACCCGUUGAAGAACUACGUCAGAUGACGAAUAAAUUCCACAGAGAUUAUUCCUACUAAAAUUUCCAAUUAAACAGACGGACUAGUUUUCGAACGGGCCGUCUUGCAACCGCCCCUGUAAACUGUGCCCGAAAUCAACGCACUGCUCAAAUAACAUGCGUGAGAUGUGCGCAUGGGCACUUAAACUGUCUGCUUACUUGGACAAUACGAAUGCAUUUCAGGAGACUGUGACGUAAAUUGCAUUUGAAAAGUCAAGUUGGCAAACGCUUGUUUUCGGUAAUUCUUCGUCAGGUCAAUACAAUUACAUGACGGAAUGAAAACGUACAAAAUCAUCGGUUUAAAAGAAGGCGAAGGCACGAUCACUGGGACAGUAGGUUUAUUUGCCUGAGCUUUCGAACUUGAACUAGAGUUCAUUAGCAGAGACUACUGGAGGGCAGCAAAUUGUGAACAUUUAUAUCGUUCGUCCUUGCGGGGGGGGGGAGAGGGGAGAGGGAGUACCUCCGUGGCUAGGUAGGGUUUGUGCCGCCUGGUCCACGAUGUUCUCCCGGCGUGGUGACGCCGUUUGUACUUCGCGACGGUGUGAGCUGCGCCACCUGGCUGCGUGGGCGGAGCGCGUUAUAACACGCCGGCAAAUCGAUGUGUCUGUUGAUAGAGUUGGUGUCCGACACACAUCGCCUUCGCCUUCUUUUAAACAAGAACCUGGGAUGCGCAUAUUCUCUUUCAUUCGUGAAAAUCAUCGGUGUUUAUAGGUGUCUCAAGGGCUAUUAAGUCAUUAACACUUAUCAUCCCCACGCCGCAUGCAUGAUAAGGUUGAUGAGUGUUGGUCGUCAGAGCUAGGGGAGGGGACUAAGAGAGUCUUCGAGCGAUGUUCUUGGAUAGAGUACACGGACUACUCAUUAUUGUAAUUAGGGAUUUGAGGCGCCAUGUCAUCAUCACUUGGGAUUGGCGUUGGCCACGGCAGGGAGAGCGCUUGUUUCAGGGAUUUCGGACAGUAUAACGCCGGAUUCGCUAGCCGCAAAGCCACUGUCUCGGCCGUUGCUAGUAUCCGUUGACAUAGGCCUUUAGAGAAGCAUGUUGGGGUCCGGUAGACAAUCUGAAAUGCUUCCUUGACAUCGACACGGUGAUCCGCAUCGAUUAAAUGUGCGAGAAUAGUACUCGAAAUCGACCGGUCACCUCUGUCCAGCCAGGCGGACAUAUGUUCACACAGCCUCUUUACCAGACGUCUCGUUGUGCGGCCAAUGUAUCCCUCUCUAUAGGAGCAAGUCAAUGAGUAGAUGCACAUUGAUGUGGCCUCCAACGGUAGUCUGUCUUUACCCCCAAACGCAGGAGGGGAGAGUUUGUGAAGCAUACUCGUAAAUUCGCCGCGGGAAUGUCCCCGUGAUGGCUGUAGUUAAGCGCCGUCUGCAUAGUUCGCUCGCUACGUCCCCUGCAAUAUGCAUCUUCCUUUUCCGCCGUCGCAACAGUGGGCUUUGUGGCGCGUUCUCCAAUAUUUCGGAGGAUAAAUCUAUCCGGGUAUCCGUUCUCCCGAAGUGUGUUCCGCAGCUUUUGGAGUCCUUCUUCAAUAGCUUCAGGUGAGCAGGUGCGUCUCACUCUAGCCGCCAAUCCCUGGACUGAUUUUCUUUUUGAUAUAUAGGGGAACAAAACUGUCGAAAAUAACGUACUGUCCCGCCCAGGUUUUCUUUCGGAACACCCUGCGCUGGAUAGACCCAUCCUCUUGCCUAGGCAGAAUGACAUAGAAGAAGGCAAUUUCGUUAUUUGCCUCGGCCUCUGCAGUGAACGUUAGCAAGGGGUGCGCACUGUUGAACUUUUGGACAAGAUCCUUGGUAUUGGUGAUACCAUCCGCCAGGCACAAUGCAAUAAAUUGCAUUUAUUACAGGUUUGAAGAGCGGCGCCGGCAAGCAUCUUUAUGAGUUGGCGUCUUCAUGUACAUGCAAUAUGUACAUGCACAUCCAUUUCAGCGAUAAUUUUGAGAGCACAGAUUAAGGACCUCGUGAGAAUUCAAAAAUGUAGAUCAAUUUUCGUAGUAUGCAGGUGAUCGAGCUACUAACUCCUGUCAGAGAUGUUUUCUAGGCAACAAACAACGUUUAAAAGUUGGAACAAGAUGUGAAUUAUGGCGUCUCUUUCGCCAUGGCAGGAAUAAAAAUUCACAAGCAUCAAAAAGCGAUUUCUUUCAGCCGCAGCGGAGUAAACGAGCAAUAUUCAUUAAACGGCCCACAGGCAGCUAGUUGUGUAUGCUGUAGUAUGGGAUACCAUACGGGCAGUUUAGGUGCUAGCUUCAAGCCCAGAAACGUGUUUCUUUGAUAUCCUGUCACUGAGUGACACAGCUAUGAGACGUUUGGCGCAUUUAUGAAUCCCACAGCAUUCAUCGUGUGCUUUCGGACAGAUAAUCCAGCUUAGGAAUCGUUGUUUUUUUAAUUUUUUCAGAAGCUAACCGCCAACAUGAAAUAAGUCAGUUGAAACUAAGUUUUGUAGGCGAAGAUCGAAAUUUGCCUCCCUAUGAAAAUGCGACAUUAGGUGCACAUUUAUUUCAUCGGUAGUUUGAAGCACACAGCUUGUUAGUCGUGAACAAACACUACAGGCAAUAAUAAUGUUUCUUGUAUUACAUGGAUUUAAAUCUACCACCUACGCACGAUUUACCAGAUUAAAGUCCGAGACUUCAUUACACAUCGUGAAGUUGUCUACAAUUGCCGAAUUUGUAAAAUGUUGUCAGAAAUUUAAUGUGGAAAAGAAGUUUCGCACUCCUAGGAAGCGGAUGCAAUUGCUGGAGCAGGCAAUUUACUGGCCUGAAGUUUUGACCAAGGAACAUCUUUUUCAAGCAAGCGCAUCUUCUUCUAAACCGUCUCCAGGAUCCUUGUUUCCUUUUUUGGCGUUUUUUGUAAAGAAUGCCCAAAAUCGUAAACGAGUCACUGACACGCUGAAACUCGGCAAACUCUACCGUCACCAAGACACAUGUCACAAUUUUACAAAAAAAGAUUUUUUUGACACAAUAAUUUCCCGUCUCUGGUGUCAUCCACUCAUUGUAUUGUAAAUGUUUGGUCACCGAUCUACACUUUGCUAUAAGAUUUUAUGAAUAAUUGCAUUGACGUAGCGUCCUCCGCAUUCAUAGCCUCCUCACCGCAGCGAACCGCCUUACAAACAAUGCAUGUUUUUUAUGGAAUAUAACUGACUUUGUAAGGGCAUUGAAAACCAACGAGAAGAACUCAUGCUACUUAAGUGGUCGUUUUUUUACCGAGUGUAGUUUCUGCACUGUAUCGUCGUAAUCAAGGUUGCCAAUGUAACCGCAUCUCCGUUCACAUUUUAAACAGUUGAGUACUAUUCAAAAAUCAAGUUAUUCCGUAGGUUACUUACAUUUGACACCAGGAAAAUUAGAAUAGUUAGCGCGUGGACCGAAUUUUAUAAACCAAUGCUACCAAUGUGUACUUUGCUCAAGGAUCCAGUUUAAAUGAACAGAUCUUUCUCGUCAAACGGGUAUUCGAAAUAAGUUUUCUGUCCACAGUUCACUGGGAGAUGUCCGUCUCGACCGUCGUUAGGCAGGCGUCUGAAAACAUGCCUAACCAAUAUGCAGUAGUGAAUGAAUAACUUUGCAACAUUGGUCAAACUUUGCCCACUCAAUUUCAUCUACUUAAAUGUAUGCUAAAGUAGUUCUGUCAAUUGUCGGCAGUUUUCAAGGCCGAAAGUACUUUUCAGUGGGAAUAAGCGAUCUGUUCUCAGCGGUUAAAUCAUUUUCAUAUGCAUUGCUUGAAAAAACAGAGCAUAAGCCUCUUUGAACUUGAGAACUAGGUGCAAACGAGCUCCUGCCUUUUUCGCAAGGGUCAGCAACGAAGCAGACUUUGAAGAGUUUUAGAACACCUUCUUGCGAGACAUUCCUUUUUUAUGAGACAGCCCAACCAGAUGCAGUGCUUUAAUACGAACGUGAGCAUCUGCGGAUGUAGUGCGGGAUUACCGUCUCGUCUUUAAUGGCAGUAAACUAAUUAAAGAAUUUGCAUGCAUAAUGCGAUUACUGACUAUUUUCAAUCGCUCUGAAUUCCGCCCAAGGAGGUGAGGGCGGGAGAAGUAGCUUUGCCAUCUGUCUUAAUGCAACUAAAGGAAAAGCGUCCCCCAGCCGAAGUUAGAGGGCGUCUAAAUUCAUGAAAGAUAGACGAUGUUUUAACAUAACAACUGCCUAACUUCCAUGGUAAGAAACUGGGAUAAAGGCAGGACAAUCGAUAUUGAAGAUGGCGCAGGGCUCAAUACCCAGCCCACUAAUUAAUUCAGCGCAGUUGCUGAGAUAUAAAUGCAGAUACACACACUUACUACAAAGGUGGAUUUGAAGCGGAAAUGUUGGGAGUGUUUUUAUCAUAACGGCAGACCUGUCAUCCCCGUAAGUGUAAAAAUCAGAAGCUACUGAGCUGGCCUUUUAACGAGGACCUUAUUCGACAAUGAGCAUUUGUAGACAGUUGUCAAAUGAUAGCAUAGGUAUCCAAGAGACUGGUGUAUGUCUAAAAUAAAUAGAUAUAUGACAUAUCGUCCGAAAAAUUGAUUAAGACCAGAUUUCACAGAUUUAUCCAGAGAAGUGAGACGUGUUGCACACAAGCGUACUAAUUAGGCAACUUUUUUUAGAGAUUAAAGUGAAAAUAUAUAAAUAUUUUUGAAUCACUAUAGAACCUUUUCAGUCAUACGCAGAAGUCGGGAUUGUAAACGAGUUCACCAGGAAAAUUUUACCGUCUGAUUAAAUUAAAGCCAUUUCGCCAAAUAGCUUUCCUUAUAUAUAUGCAUAUAUUAAGAAGAUAAACUUCUAUGAGAAACUGCAAAUUUUAUUGUAUAAACUUCCAAGGCUGGUCCCCCAGAUCGUCUUCAAACUAUGAGUACGCACUGGAACAGAUGCUGACCAGUCACAAUCCCUUGUUAAGCCCAGUUAAGAAGUUAAUUGUUUUAACGCACCUAUAGUCCGGAAACGAGCUGGGGAACUAUUAUCCAAAAAUUUGUACAUUGGAAAUUUCAGCUUCGCAAGGAAUUUCAUCUUCUUUGUUAAAUUUCGUAGGAUGUCCGUCUUCUAAUAUAUAUAAAUUUGUACGUCUUUUUUAAUACUGUUUUUGCGCAAUACUAUGCGGUGCAUUUUCUGGAUUCACUCCUGAUUUGUUAUUACUUAAAAACCAGGCCAGCAAAGGUCCAUCUAUAUUUUUACGUUUCACAAAGUGUCCCCGCAAUUCAUUUUCUAGUAUCGUAAAUAAAAAUUGGCUUCCAGAGUUCGUGCCCACUCUCAAAUGCCAGAAAAACUCUUUUUCAGAACCCACACGUAAUAUAUUAUUGAAAAAACGAUUUGUGCAUAUAUUCUGGAAGUUGAAAAUUCAUUGAAACGUCUACAUUUGUUGCUGACUCGAAAUAUGUUUUCCAAUUGCGGUGUCUCAGAAGACUAAAGGAUUCUCUGCAUCUGUUUAACAGAUUGCGAAUUGCUUUAAAGUGGAUUUUAAAGGCGUCUGGACUUUUUAGAAGCCAAGGUCAUGUAUUAGAAUAAAGUUGAAGUGAGUUUGUACCUAAAGUUAGUUUUUUUCGUGUUUUCCAAACUAUGGGUAUUAUACGCUCAAAUCUUUAAAUGAGGGUAAUUUUGUUAACGAACCUCUUUUGUCAUGUGAUUAAAAGAAGCAGAGGUCGGUGCUAAACUCUGUCAGAAGUAUAAUGUGCAAUAGUUACUACAGUGGCAGUGGAAAGCCAAACUGCCAGUUUAUAUUGAGCAGACUAACUUCUAGUUUGCUCUGUCUACAGGUUUGCGUAGGUGUACCAUUCUUUUUGUUAUAUACCGCCAAAAAUCAUUGUUGCAUGACGAACAUCUUGCGAGUUUGAUUUCCCGAGUUCUGGGCCUUCAGCUAGUGCCAAUGUCAAAUGACAAAUGGGACGUGAAUAUGUAUGGUCCCUCGAAUACGCCCCUCGAAAGUGCCCUUCAGUGCACAAAAAUAGGCAGAAUGCGCAAAUAGAUUUUUCCUUUCUGGAUAUUUAAAAGCAUCAAGUUCCACCUCCUAAAAGUUCCCUUUUAUCAUCUUUUAUAUAAUGCAGGUCGCCUUACACCUUACAGUGGAUGUGCUAACCAUGGAAAUGUUGACCGAAAUUCUGAAAUGCGUUUUCUACUCGAAAAGAUCGCUCAAGUAGGGAAGUAAUAUUAACCGAUGUGCAGCACAAUCCCAUAAUAAUUCAGCUAUUAUAGGGUGUUGGCUUUUAAGCGAACUUGUAUCUGACCGCCUGCCAAAACUACAUUCUGUAAACGAUAACUGCCUAAUAAGUAUGGAAUUUUGUAAUUAGUUUUCCAUGCUCUUAUGAAACUUUACAUAUUUCGUAAAAUAUAUAUAAAAAUAGUCACUCUUUUACUCAUUAAUGAAGCAGUACAUCUUCUUAAAAUUUUUCAUACUUAAAGAAAAUGUCUAACUCGAGUUUAAAAUUUUAUAAUAUAUGAAUUACUAAAGACCUUGAAAUGCCUGUUCAUGUAACAUCAUGUCUUUGUAUUUGCUAAAAUUGUUUGCAAAGUCUACAAUGUGGCUGAAAUCCAGUGCUAAAUUUUAUGAAGCCCCUACGGCUUCCUCCUAAUACCGUAGAAUAAUGCAUGAAUUUUUGUACACGGAAAAGCCUGAAGUUUAUAAACCAUUAGUGGCAGUAUAACGACAGGCUGGGUUCCACAUUACUUGAGAAUGGGAGUUUUUAAAAGCCGAUUUGUACCCUUUCUUCAAGUAUAAAAAUUUGAAGAAGACGUAGUGCUCCAUUAAAUGAAUAAAAGAGUGAAUACAUAUAUAUAUAUUUUAUGAAAUAUAUUUUAAUUCAUAAGGGCAUGGAAAACUAAUGAUAAAACUCAUACUAACCGAGCAGUUACCGUUUACAAUGCAUAGUUUUUGCAGGCGGCUUGAGAAAGUUUGUUCAAAAGCUGGCAUCCUGUAAUAACUGCACCAUUAUGGGACUGCGUUGCACAUCGGCUAAUAUUACGACCGUACUUUAGUAAUCUUUUUGAGUCGAAAACGCAUUUCAGAGUUUUGGUUAAAAUUUCGCUAAUAUGCACAUCUUCUAUAGUUCCAAAAAGUGCGCAUUCCGUGCCCGACUCUGGAAUCUACGCGAUCAUUCUGCAUAAGUUAGUUGAUCUUGACCACAAUGUUCAGUAGAAUUGUGCAUUGCCACAUAUAACUCACGCGUUCGGUUCAAGGACAUGUGAUUAGCACAUACAUAAAAAUAUUUUAUUGCACAGAUGUAGUGAAUUGUUUCUGUUUAGCCAUCGUAUGCUCGAUUACCAGAGGUAGAUGGGCAACUAAGAGUGAUUUAUGUGCCCUUAGCUGCACUCAGAUAUCCGCAUUGUAAUGUCUAAGCCGUCUGCUGGACACGUUUGUAAGGAUUUUGGGCAAACCAUUGAACUUUCGCAAAUUUUUCUAUUUCAAGAAGAUGUGGCCACAUUGACUUCCAGAAACUCUAAGAUCCGCGGUAGACAGUGAAGGAGACCUUAUUUUUUCCGUCGCAAUCCCUACUGUUCACCGGAAACACCGACUUCAUUCUGCAUGCUUGAGACAGUGCUAUCGCGUUGUCUAACAGGUACCAUCUCGCUUGACCAGUAUACUUGGGUACAAAAGGGCAAAUAAGGCACUCAGAGUCCAUUAAGGCGUUCGGAGGUAAUUGUCUUCCUCUAAAUUAUGGCCUUAAAUCAAACUGGCGGAAAAGAGUAGUUGUACAUUACAUAUCGGAGGAGUAUUUUGGAGUCCGGAAAUGUAAGCUCUGUUCUACAGACAUCUGAAUGUUAAAACAGUCGCAGAAUGGCAAGGAGACGUUAGGCGCUCUAAGACUACAUUUCUCUGGCUUAUCAAACCCGUAUCAAACAUUCUAGACACUGUUGGACCAAUUCGUUUGAACUGAGCUGAAAAAGUCUUGGCUACAAGGUGGACAACGUUUAAUAAACUAAUAUAUUCAAAAGGCAAGUUGGCGAGCAUACAUCUGCUUCCGAUAAAUUCUCUUCAGGCAUGUGCAUUUAUAUGGCUAUUAAAAUACAGGCAAGGAGAUAAUUAUGCUGUAGCUCGCGUUUGGAGAAAAAGUGAAAGCCCAGAAUUCCGUCAGCGUCAGGGAGAUGAUGGGCUUCAGAAAAAGGCAAUUAUAUACAAGUGGCUGGAUUUGUGGCUUUGAGCCAUAACAAUUGUGGGACCUGUAUGAGGUACUUCUGAGCAGAUGAGACUACGUUUGUUCAAAAGGGUAAAGGAACAUCAUCCAGCAUGGUUAGGAAAGGGUCAAAUAGGGAAUAUCAACAGCUCUGUACUCACGCACAUGGCAGACAAAGACCACCAUGUAAACGCUAGAGAGGCUUCACAAGUGAUUAACAAGAUUCCACCACCACCAUCAUCAUCAUCAUCAUCAUCAUCAUCAUCAUCAUCAUCAUCAAAUAUGAUUAAAAUCGCAUCGUCUGGCGGGUCCUCAUAACUCAAGUGAAUAAAGCGUUGUCUGUAUUAAAGCCUUCCCCGUACUGCGUAAGUUCAAAUCCUACCGAGGCGUCGAGUUUUCACAAUUGGGUCAAUCUGAUUUUCAUCAAACUAUCAAAAUCUACUUGGGCAGCGCCUGUUUGCUCCGGCAAAGGCCACUGCUAUCAGGCUACCUGAACCGGUCCUACGCGCACAGGAUAAUUUCAUGCAGGUCCCGCCAUUUUCAUGGGUCAUGGCCCACAAGCCGUAUUUUCUGACUUACUAUUUCAAUAACCAUAUAAAUGCAUCGGCUUGAAGAGAAUUUAUCAAAGGCAAACAUAUUCUCGCCAAAUUGCGUCAGUGGGAAUGUUUACAACCCUUAAACUAUUAUGUAUUACUUCUAGGAGUAUUCAUAAUGAAUUUUGCGAAUCAUUUUCUAGCAUUUAUGGAAGGAUAUCCUUACUAACAUCGCCUACUUAUCACUCCACUGGCGAGCGAAAAAAAGGAUUUUUCUUGAGAUUCUCUGGGGCAAAUUCCUACUCACUAUCGAGGGAAUUCAGCCCGUAAUGCUCAGGGCUGUUCCAAUUCUAGAUAGUGAACGGUUACUGCAGCUUGUCCUCAUUUCGAAUCUAUUUCCAAGCGACAAAUGGCUGUCCCAAGUGUCCCAAAAUUGGGAACGGAUUGCAUCACUUACAUUACUGCUGUAGAAUCCAUCCUCAAGUGGGGCAAUCUGCGUGCAACCACUGCCUGCGGCAAUGACAGUCAUUUUACGCAAGAAUGAUGUAAUUAUUUCAAGACCAAAAACGAAGAUUCGAUGUCCAACACCAAAUUCCAUUAUUCUAUUACAAUUCUCUCGAGAUUGUUUCGAAAAUACACUUUCUGAAUGGAACCUUAAGUUUAAAAUUGGACUUUUGUGAACUCCACUCAUGUUUUCUUCUCAGCAAAAUUCCCUAAAGCUCCUCUGAACUUGAUAUCACCGCACAACGCGCUCCUGUUAAACCAGAUCAUAAAAAUCAAGUUUUUUUAAAAAUUCCCGACCCCUGUAAAAAUGAACAAAAGGGAAAAACGCGAGAAAAAAAUUAAAAGAAUGUGAGUGAAUCCACUAAAUUUUGACUGCUCAAGUUGAACGUGCUUUCUUAUAGCAGAGAUAACAUCCGAGAACUUGAAUCAGGGGCCGUCCGAGCAAUAGGUCGAUAUUUGUUUAAACGUAUUGAUAUCCUAGCGGUCUUAGGAGAAGCCAUCAUUUCAAUCUAUUUAAACAACAUCGACAAAAAGGCCUUACUGUUCCAUAUUCCUCCUGGGCUCACAUAGACCUGCUGUUUUAGCCUACAGACUAACCAAAACAUGACCAGCCUUUUCAUUUGGUUUUGGAUUGCCCGUCAUUCAUUUGCUCUGUGGGAAAUAUGUCGACUCCCUUCGCACCUCCAUAAUUAGCGCGUCCUCUAAGUUACCUUGAUCCAGUUGUAUCGGAUGCAUCUGGGAACUUAGACUCCCCCAGUACUGCACGUGGCCUUGUGCUACUAUCCGGGGGAAUCCUAGUCUUAUGUCCCGGCCUUAAUCCUAACCGUCACACUUGCCCAACUCUAAUACUGACCCCAUUUAUAACACUUAAUCACCUGGAAAUUAGAGCAAGGUCAUCCGCAAUUGGGUAUAAAUAUAUUUACGUGUCCGACCGCUGCAACCUUGCAGACGUCUUCACUCCGCAGACAAGAAUUAAAUCUCCCAAACAUUCAAUCAACAAUUUCAUUAAGUUUUAUGAUUACAUCCCUCAAACUCACGCAUUAAAAUCGUUAAGCAUACCAAUGCCAAUAAUUGUGACUUUUAGAAGAAAUGAAAGUGUUAUUUACGCGGUGCCUGCCAAUAACGCAAGUGUAACGAGAUGCAAUGUUACAACUCUCCUGGAAUACAGUUCAAAUACAUUAGUCGUAUUUUUUCGAGUUUCCACGUCCUCUUUACCACGUUAGCAAUGAGUGUGACUGACUGACAGAAAAGAUAAAAUUAAACAAUUAUUUGGACACUUGUAUCCACGAAUUUGAAAGUAAAGAUGACGGCUGCUUUCGAGCUCCUGAGAUCCACAAAGCUAGUCUAAACAUCACAGGCAGGGACAGGAAAAACUGUGAACCCGAAAACCGAAUUUCUAUUUAUUUCCAUCAUGCCGGUAUACCUGUAUCAGAAGGAGAUACGAAACCUCCGUAUUGCAGUCGGCCUUGCAAUAACUUCCGAGAGAUUGUGGUUAAAAGUAGAUGCGAUCGCUAGACAGGAGCCUCAUUCGCCUGACGGUAUUGAUUCAUUCUGGAUACCAGCAUCAGAAAGCGUAUCAGAUACAGAUAAUUCACACGCAGAAAGUUUCAAUAUUUAUAGGAUGCAGUCGCUAUGCUACUGCAUACCUGUGACACUUAACGGCCCUCCACAAUUCAUCGAGGAUAGUUACUCCAUCCGCGCAUGUCAUCAAUGGCUGAAAUUUAAUCACCCGCUUUGGGUGUUGGCGGAUGAUUGUUCGGCCACCCGUCCCACAGUCCUGCACGUUCCUCAAGUGGUUACUAACUCUGGCCAAAGUAAGCCUCAGCACAGAAUAUGGCGUGGGGAAGUCAUUGUACUUGUUAAUAGAUCGGGGUCCCUUAAACAAUGAGACAAACGACUCGCGACUUGCGUGAUUAUCCCCUCUCGGGGAGUUUCGACCGCACCAAACUUGAAUGUGUGGCCGAGUCUCGUCGAAUGAGCCGCGACUCGGGUGCUGACGUCACUUAUACGCACUGCUGUUGCGUGUUCAACCAUUCGUGUCCGGAGCAGUCUUUCAGUUUCCCCGACGUAGCUGUUUGUCGUCAACUGCAUCAGGUCCAAUAAACGACACCAGAUGCUUCUUAUCGUGACAGUGGAUAUUUUGGUCUUAUUAUCUAGCGACUAAGGGUUGCCUCCGGUCUGCCCAUCACUCCACCUCCAAGUGGUUCGAGAAGGCGGCUGAUGGCCUUCGAAACUUUCUUAGUGUACGAAAUCCCUCAGCAUCAUUUGCGAUCGGUGCGACUAUGUCGCUCAUCUUGUUUGCGCAUGCCCCAUUUGACGAAAUUACGCAGAUAACCCCGUCCAGUUUAUUGUUAUUCGAUAACUUUGUCUUCCGGUCCACUACAAAACGUCCAAACACGCCGAUAUACCGCUCUUACGCAAUUGCAUUUUUGGCUAAUUAGGUGGUUGUUGUUGUUGAAGUGCAAUACGUGCGUCGCAUUUGUCGCUUUCCUGAACACUUUAGUCUUAAGAUCAUCAGAAAUUUUGCGGCAGACAGGACCAUCAAGGAAGGCCAGCUGGUUAUUUCCUUCCUCCUGGAAGACAUAGUUGAGACAUUCUUCGAGUUGCACACAGACCAAAUGCAACCAUUAGGCGCCGGCAAUGAGACCAAAAGAUCCACUGCCAAGACAAGAAACAUCUGGAGCCGUCUAUCAGAUUUGGUGCAGUUGUCGGCACAAAAACUGCGUCGGAGAUACUGGAAGCCUGCUCCGGUCGGGAAUGGUUAAACACGCGGCAGCAGUGCGGAGAAAUAGCUCCAACACUCGAGUCGCGGCUCAGUUAACGGGACCUGGCCGUACAUUUAAGUCGAUGCGGCCGAAAUCCUCCCAAAAGCGGAUAAUCGAGUGAGCCGUUAUACCUUCCCGCUAUUAAAAUUUGUAAGGACGCAUCAGAGGUGAUUGAUGUUCAUUGCUACUCUCUUGAAUAUCUCUCACCGCACUUGAAGUUAGUGAAAAAUAUUUCCCACCCUCCUCAAAUCUAACCAGAGCUACAAUCAGUGUCCUUUCUCUCUUUACAUAGUAUUCUGCAUAGAAUUUGCUAAGACGGUUUAUCUAUCUCAAAAGCUGUAUUGCUAAAAAAAACAAUCUCAGUAAAUAGACGGUUUUAUUUUUUAUAUUUUGACUGGACGUGCCCUGCUCAGAAGUUCUUGCACCUAUACCCAUCUCAACCAAAUGCCAAAUGCCUGUAAUCCCAAUAAAUUAAAAUGUCAGCCUCAGGCACAGACAGGUUCUGAAAUCAAUGCUAUCAGUGCGGUCGCGACUAAGCACUCAUUUCUCGGGGAACAUUUUACUUCCCGAGACUUUCAACCAAACAUAUUUUCAGCAGUUUCACGCGCAUAUUGCCAACGGGUUUGUUAGCGGCGCUAACGGGGUCUUCGGCUCUUUUCUGCUACAUACUGAACUUUUUGUAAGCGCCAUUUAGACCUGCCUCGCCUUCUCUGGAGGUGGUUGGUGGGCGGUUUACGUGUGUGCUUCGUGAGUCACCGCUUCGUCGGGGGGGGGGGGAUGACUGAACCUUUGUCGGGUGGUCGGUCUGGUAGAUCUUCCUACUCAACGACUAAAGUCGCCGUCGGGCUGUCUGUAAAUCGCCUUCUUAAUUCUAAUAUGGUUGAUUGGUUCUGAGGUCCACAUCAGCACGUAAGUAAACCUGUUGCGGUGAACGCAUUUUUUCUUCGAAUCUUUAACCCGGAUCUCUCAAAUUUUGCAGUCUGAGCAUUGAAAUAUCCACCCUCUAUUUUAGGUUAAAUUGUCCCAAAUUUAAUGGAAUGUUAGAGUUAGAGUUGGGCAGAGCAAGGAAGGAUAAGGUUAGGGUUAGGGCAUGAGAACAGGAACUCCUGGAAUUCAACGCGAGGUCACCUUUAGUACUGGCGGAGGUCCAUAUUCCCUCGCCAAACCGAUGACCAUCGGUGUUUCAUGAGCUGCAGUGUUUGGUUUAAUUGGUAAAUGCAAGAGGUUGCCACGAAACAUGUCUUUGUAGGACGUACGAAGAGUUGAGAAUAUCAGGACUGUGGGUUUAUUCUAACAAUGCCAAGGGGGAUCACGUCCCCCCUAGGAGUCCAAUGGGUUGGAUGUGGUUUUGUAAUCCCAUCGGAAGCAAACAAACCCCAGUCACCUCUAAUACGGGACCGGUGGUAAUAGAGAUUUUACAGAUGGACCCGGGAAACGCACAGGCGACGACCUCAAGUAGUUUUAUGCAAAAGAAAAGCUAUUGGGAGUGCCCGGUUGUACUAUAAAUGGUUGAGAAAAAGUUGCCCCAACCCUUAGCCCUACCCCUAACCCCUAACCCUAACCUAUAAACCCUGAGCAUAACCCCUAACCCUAAACUCAACAGUACUGUGUCCAUCAGGUGGGGCUACCAAACCACAUCUUACCGUUCAUUGCCAGUAUUGAGCGUCAUUAAAAGAACAUUUUCUACAUUCGGCCUUUUACUGUUGCCCCUGUGGGCACAUUUUAGUUGUUAGUCAUAGAAGACGUGCACAAGCGGUAUCUUCUGAGAAAAAUACUCACAGUUAUUCCAAAAAAGCACUUCAUUAUCUCCUUUGCAUAUAGCACCCGUCAACCGACGAUAGAAGGCUAACCCAUGGUGGGGCCUCCAAACUAGCCAGCAAGUAGGGCAAAAUUAAAGAAUUAUGCUCAUAAAAACAUGAACAACGGUUGACGCAUCAGUAGCAGAAGGAUCAAACUGCAAACUAUAAUUUUUACGGCGAUUAGGCGCGCAAAAUAACGCGAAAUCGGUUGUCGGUUAGUAGACCGCUUUAAUAACAAGAAAACCUUAUUCGCUGUAAAUAUCUAGUGAAUGUGGUACUGCAAAAAAACAAAGCAUUGACGACUAGCGUGUCUGGCUGUUUUUUCAGUUGACGUAGCUACUUAGAUUUUACAGUCGUCCGUGUGAUAUCUGAAUGUCUGUUGCUAUUGGCGACGAGGACUAAUGUCUCCAAAAUUUACUUAAAAAUUUCAGAAAACAAGAAAAUUUAGAUAAACUCAAGCUACGCUAUGCAAUGCUGAUAUACUGCGAAAAUGGCAACUGCAAAGAUAUCUUCUAAGUAAUGUUCUUUGAAGUUCUUUGUUAUAAGCGUCGCUUCCACUCUUGACCUGACUAGACAUCACUUUUUAGAAUAUUAACUGUGGUCUGCUUCCAUCGCUCAGUUGGAAUGAAAAUAACGUUGGGCGUCUGAUAUUUGCGCACAGAUCUUUCCCGCCCCCUGCCACCGUAGCCGCUGAACGUCAUCUUUCCGUUUCCGCUACAGCAACUACCUACCUACUAUAUGUGACAUAACUCAUGCAACAUGAUGUCGGAAACUGAGACGAUCAAGCGUGGGCAGUUUAAGUGCUGCGUACUUUACUUAUUCGCCUAACGUCCUCCUAAAAUAUUCUUUCUGCAUGAACAUAUACAUGUAAAAAGUGUUUUUCAGGCAGAAUGUUCAUAAAUUCGAGCGAAAACCAACAUUUUCCCGUAUUCCACUGGUUUUUCGACCUAAUAGCUAUCCUAGACUUAGCCUGCGCAUUUAUUCGUGUUUUUCUACUAGAAGGGGGUAAUCUUACUGAGAGAGUUUUACAAAAGAGUACUUGCUGCACUUAAAAAUUGAUUGUUUUCGCCAAGUAAAUCAACUGGAGUAUGAUGUAAAGAAUAAGGUUAUUUUUAGAAAUCCGGACAACUUAUUGAUUUUAAAAAUCAACCUUUCAACUCUAUUCGAUUUUAUGACCUUUAACGCAGUAAACAUGCCUACUGAAAAUUUAUUGUCAAAAGACUGAAUUUCUAUGCCAUUUGCGAGUACUCGGUAGCGUACCACGAAAAAGGCCGUCACAAAGUUGCUAUGCACAAUUUAGACAUACACGAUAAUUCUUCAGUUAUGGUCUAAUUUCCACUCCUAUGUAAUUUAGGAACGGAACAUGCAACAGAUUAGCAAUCUUUAAAAUAUUUUUAACAUUAUACGGCCACUUUGUUGUGAAUUCACAAUCUUAGAAUGGCGCCUAAAAAUAAACGAAUAGAACAUAAAAUCCCAAUAUCAAAAGAAAAAGGGAUUCCUUCGUUUGAUGACUAACAAAGAAUAGUUAUUUUAGAACGUUUUGAUUUUGGCCCUAAUAAUGAUGAAAUUCACAGACAUCUGUCAAAAAACGCUUAAUGAAUACUUUUUUGCAAUAAAAUGGCUUGUAAAAGAACGUCUUUGAAGUGAUAUAGAGCAAAGUCAUUGCCGCUUUUAGUAGUGGACGUUUAUUUUUACCGAAAACUAUAUUUCACAUAUGGGCGAGUCUGCGAAUGUACACUGAACGGCCAUCUGCAUAAGGAAGAAUGUCCGAGCGUCCACUAUUUGGAUAAAGGCUCUAAGAAAUAUUAUAUUUUGAGGGUUAUCAUAAACACAAAGCAUAGGGUCAGUCUCAGUGGGAAACCGCGGCUAGUGAGAUAUUCGCAUAAAUUUCAAAGACAAUCCAAAACUCGACGCAUUCCCGCAAAACUGACCACAUUUGACGGAAGGAAAGUCCUCCUAGCGUACAAAAAAUAGUAUACUUAUGAUUUUCCGCAUGCCUUAGUUAAACGCAUGUCAAACAGUGUGGAGACAGAUAAAGCACAGCCAAAUCUCAUAACACCGUGUUCGAAUCAGAACUCAAAGUGUCGGCUGUUGAAUAACUGCCAUACUUGACAUUAUACUUGUUCGUGAAGGAUAUUUAAAUGCAAACCUCAUUAAAAAGCAGUUUUAAACGUUAUUCUACAGUACGUGACCUAUCUCAUAAAAUCUGAUAUCGGAAACUGAUGAGAGAAUUUCUGGAGACAUUUAACGUUAAGCAUUUUGUUCGCUCCUCCACUUCCUUCAGUAAAAUGUCCUUUUAUUGUGCGGAAAUUGUGGUUACGUAAUUAUAUCAAAUAAAAUAUCAGAAAAUGUUAGCGAAAAUGGACUUUGGAUUAUAUUCCUGCAAUUUCCUACUCUAAUACGUGUUUACGAUCACGCCCGUCAGUUCUAUUUAAAUUUAUUAGGCCCAGAUCGGCGUCAUGGCAUGCCGCCUUCUGAAAACUUUUGUUCCUACGAUGUCCCCAACGGUAAAAUCAAGCAAAAUCCAGUUUCUCUUGUUGAAUCUCAUCUCAUUUAACUGAAAAUACACAUGGAUAGCACAGACCUCUGGAAGACGGUUUUGGAAUCUACACUGGGAAUGUAGGCAGUUAACAAUCCAUCAUACAUGAAAUCAAACUAACAAUUAAACGAUAUUUAGAUGUUAACUUCAUUAAAACACUGACAUUAGACGUUAUUUUAUGUCUAUUGUCAUAUUUGCUACGUUUUUGAUUUGAGAAUACAUUCUAUACAUCUAAAAACGAACUUUCCUUAUUUAGAGCCAUUUCUGACGUUUUCGGGAUAUUGGGCUUUUCAAAAUAAAUCGGCAUUUCUAAACAACGCAACACUGCCUUUAAUAUUUCUUUUAUGUUUUUAAUUCUUUUAAACUUGUACUUAAUUAACAUAGACACUGGACUCAUGAAAUUGCGUCGGUUUGCGAGUGAUUAGCAAUCAUUCGUAAAUUUCGACAAAUUUCAUGAGUUAGGUUACUAACUGUACUUGUACUGCUUUGUUUGUCGAAUUUCUAUAUGGACAGGCUUUCUGUACGUAGAAAACUUCGUUUUAAUCGUUUGCAGCGAUUUUUGACGUUUUGGGACUCCUCCUUUUUCCAAAAAUGUUUAGUAUUUGUUAACAAAGUUAUAGUAACUUUGUUAUUUUUACGUUUUCAAUUCGUUUACUGUCGUUUAUUAUUCCACAGUCAUGGCCUGUUCGCUUGUUUUUCUACACGUUUUGGCACUUUUCAUGCUAGAGGUCACAUACUCAUGCGCUGUUUUUUAGAUUUUAGAGGACCCCUCAUGGCAGCGCUUUUUCCAGUACGCCAUCGCGGUUUCCGCAGCUCGCGAACUUCACGAUCUCGCCUCCGCUCUGAUCCUGUUGGUUUGUGUGGCCGCAUCCGCCGGCUUCCGUCGUCGCUGCGCGAGUCUUCUUGCACUGCGCUCCUCCACAGACCGGAGCCUUCUGUCUGAGCAGUUCAACAAGGUCGAUCGUCGUCGCAGACGGCUACAGUACCGUGCUCUGGCGUGGCUGCGUCGAUGUCUGCCGGACCUCCGGCGCCUGCCUGCCUGCGUGCGGACACGCAGCCGACGAUCCCUGCUGACUCCGCGCUCACUCUUUUCACCAGCCGAUCAGCCCACAUGGAGGUGGGGCGCGGGAUGGCGUUUUCCCGGUGCUGCUACAGUUGCAUCCCCGCCUCCGCCGCAGCCUUGGUCACCGCUCGCCUCCCCAACAGCGAGUGAUGGCACAGUACUCAGCCCCAGGCAGGAUGUGGAUCCGGACCUCCUGGAUGCUCUAGUCCAGCGACACAACGCUUAUGCGGCCGAGGCCGUGAUGUCGGAAGAAGAGGAGCCUUUGUCUGACGCGGGACAAACACCAGCAUCCACUCUUUCCCCCCCGUCUGCAGCAGCGCUCCGGUCGCCACACCUGGUGUCCCCAACAGUGGCAAAACAAUCCUCUGGUCGUCGUUACAUCAAGAACCAGCGCACAGAUUUCCUUGGGCGCAGGCGGCUACAGGAUACUUAA